GGCUUAUUCCCGAAGUGAAGUUACGCGGAUUGCGUAAUGUAGUUUUGAUACGGGGAUUCAGUGAUGGCUCCGUGCAAUGCCCAACCCGGGGGACCUGCGCAUGAGUAAACCAACAGAAGCCUAGCCGUAGGGUUUUUCUCCCAGGGUUCGAUUCACGAAACGAGUUUACGCAGCAUGCGCGCCGCCCGUGGCGGCCAGUCUCGAGCUCCUUACGUCAAUUACGUAACGUUAGCUCGCCAGAGUGAAACAGCGGAGUAGAGUGCGACGGGAGGCGGCAUGAGAUUUCGGGAGAGUCCGGGGACGCCCUGAAACCAAGGCCCCAGGCGGUGAGAAGUGGAGAGACGAGAAGGUAACGCAAACAUACAUAAACCCUCACCACCCAGUGUGUGCUACACAACUUCACACAACCUGGCAUACAACACGGGGACACAGGGAAUAUACAGAUAUCAAAUACUAACACAGAAACCCGGAUUAACCCACAUAACCAUGAAUACAGGCAGGGAUACAGUGUUUAAUGACAUCACUCUUAAUACAGAGUUCUAGAACACAAUAUGGAGAGCUAGAGACCCCUCAUUCCUAAUACAGGGGUACACCAUAACUCCUAAUACAGGAGUACACCUUAACUCCUAAUAUAGGGGUACACCUUAACUCCUAAUACAGGGGUACACCUUAACUCCUAAUACAGGGGUACACCUUAACUCCUAAUACAGGGGUACACCUUAACUCCUAAUACAAGGGUACACCAUAACUCCUAAUACAGGGGUACACCAUAACUCCUAAUACAGGGGUACACCAUAACUCCUAAUACAGGGGUACACCUUAACUCCUAAUACAGGGGUACACCUUAACUCCUAAUACAGGGGUACACCUUAACUCCUAAUACAGGGGUACACCAUAACUCCUAAUACAGGGGUACACCAUAACUCCUAAUACAGGGGUACACCAUAACUCCUAAUACAGGGGUACACCAUAACUCCUAAUACAGGGGUACACCUUAACUCCUAAUACAGGGGUACACCAUAACUCCUAAUACAGGGGUACACCAUAACUCCUAAUACAGGGGUACACCUUAACUCCUAAUACAGGGGUACACCAUAACUCCUAAUACAGGGGUACACCAUAACUCCUAAUACAGGGGUACACCAUAACUCCUAAUACAGGGGUACACCUUAACUCCUAAUACAGGGGUACACCAUAACUCCUAAUAUUGGGGUACACCAUAACUCCUAAUACAGGGGUACACCAUAACUCCUAAUACAGGGGUACACCAUAACUCCUAAUACAGGGGUACACCAUAACUCCUAAUAUACAUGUAUACCUUAACUCCUUAUAUACAUGUAUACAUUAACUCCUAAUACAGAGGUAUACAUUAACUUCUAAUACAGAGGUAUACAUUAACUUCUAAUAUAGAGGUAUACAUUAACUUCUAAUAUAGAGGAAUACAUUAACUUCUAAUAUAGAGGAAUACAUUAACAUCUUAAAUAGAGAUAUGCUUUAAAUUGUAAUAUAGAGGUAUGCUUUAAAUUGUAAUAUAGAGGUAUGCUUUAACUUCUAAUAUAGAGGUAUACAUUAACUUCUAAUAUAGAGAAGUAGAUUAUAUGAAUAAAAGUAUGUUUAGUGAGUUGAAUAAUAAAUGCUAAACAGCACCAUGUUACAGAUAAUAAAACAAAUAAUGUAUACAUUGCUUUAUAGGGAAAAAAAAUUAAUUAUAGCAAAAUAGUACUUAUAAGCAGAGUACAGUCAGGUAAAAGUAAAGAUGGUGUCUCAGUAGAUUAUGAUAACCUUACAAUCAUGUGCGUUAACAUCACACUUAAUACAGAGUUCAAGAAAACACAGAGACCCUUAUACAGAGGCAAACGUUAACUUCUAAUAUAAAGCAGUAGAUUUAUAUAAAUAAAAAUAAACGCAUGUUUACUGAUUAGAAUAACAAAUUAUAAAAAGCACAGUGCUGCAUGUACAGAGGGCACUUUUAGGCAAUAACACAAAUAUUAAAUGGACACAAUGUUUACAUUGCUAUAUAGGAAAAUCAAAUUAUAGCAAGGUAUUAUUUAUAAAUAGAAUACAGUCUUGUAAAAAUGAAGAUGGUCUCUCAGUAGAUUAUAAUAACCUUACAACCAUGUGUAAAACCAAUAACAAAUAUAGUGAAUAAAUCCCUAAAUUAAUAGGUGCUACUAUCACCUUUGUGGGCCACACAAACCAUAACAAAGUGAAUAAUAACAAAUAGGUGAGAGCACACAAAGUAAGGAAAUACUACCCACACUGCAGUCAAUUAAUCUGGAAAAAAAAACAAAUAAAAAAGACAUAGAGUAGUUUAACCUGAUAAAAUAUAUUUACAGUAGGUGUCAAUCACACUCACAUAGACAGAGCCACUUAGAUAGCUGGCUCAAACUGGAUGCCUUGAAUAUACAAACAGGACCUCCACUGGGAACUUCUUUCUCCUUUUAAAUGUAAAACCUCCAGGAUGCAGAAUUACGAGGGGUAAAAACACUUUAUUCUUCAAAUCUUGAAGUAAAUAAAAACAAAGGUAAAUUUAAAGUCCCAAAACAAGAGUCCAAUCACUUAAGUUUAGACUCUUGUUUUGGGACUUUUAAUUUACCUUUGUUUUUAUUAAAGAUAAACCUGUAGUCGUUUUUUAAAAUAGUAAGUUAAAUAAAGAUUACUUACCUCCUUUCUAGCUCUGGGACUCCUUCGCUUUUCCAGCUCACUCUGCCUUUGGGCAUGCUGACGUCUUCUGAAAUCUCCUCCAAUCUUGGAAUUCUAAUGGAUAUAUGCAUGCGCAGCGAAACGCUUUUCUCCUCCAAUAAAAUGAUACUAUGAGCAGCAUUUGAUUCCAGGAUGAAGUUUUGACUGGUUCUGGAGGAGGAAUCCUCUAGCGGCUGUAGGGAAAAAGCCACUAGUGGUGCUCUUUCCUAAAAAAACAAAAACAAACUGCAAUGUUUUGCAUCGCAGAGCGAAAAUGACCGAAUGACUGCACCCAGACGACUCAAUUAAGAUGACUUUAGUGUCACUUUAAAUAAACACUGUAUCGUUAGCAAUAUACAUUUAUAAUCCUAACACCAUAAUGCACUAGUCUAGGUAAAACAUUCAGUUUGCUUACCUUUCUUCCUUCCUGGCAGCACCGAUCGUCUCGGUUUAACACUAUCUAGUGGUUAUUGGUGUACUACUAGAGGCAGAUUAAAAGGUACACUCCACUGCCCACAUACAAAAUUAAUUUAAAUCACUGUUUAGUAGAUAUAGCACAAAUAUAAACUUGUAUGCAUUUAAUUAUGCAUUUUUUUAGGAGUUGAAUCUAAAAACAGCUUGCAAAACCUCCAGUUCUCUUAUCUGGUGCCUUUGCAGGGCUUCCCCUUCUAACCCCGCCCAUACUUUCUGUGGCUGUCCAAUCACAGUGUUCCCAAUGCAGCUCAAUAAGAAGUCUCUGCAAGGCAGGUGCUCUGGGCAAUUGCUGCCUCUUGGUUUAGCUCCACUGAGCUAACCAAACCAGGAAGUAAAAAGACCGGUUUUCUGCUUGAAAGCCAGGGGGAAUGUAACUAGGUUAAUUUAUAAAAGUGUAAAAUUCUAUCGAAAUUUGAAUUUUUUGGCAAAAUGAAAAGAAAAUAGGACCCGCUCUUCAUUUAAAGCUUUUCAGCAAGCUGAAUUGCUUCAGGAGUCCAGAGUGUUCCUUUAACCUUUUACCAUCCUGCAGAAUGGUAUUGAUUUCAACUGCAGGGUUAAAACAGGGGGGGGCAGAGGGGGGCACAUGGCACAUUAUUGAGAUAGUGUGGUCUGGGUUCCUUCAAGGCACUUGCCCUCUCUCUAUAUUGGCUUCUUUUUUUUUUUUUGUGAUGAAAAUGCCACAUCGAUCAUCUGAUUCUGUCCAUAGCUAAAUACCCAAACAGUUUAUAUAAAUAUCAUGUGCAUGUCUGUGAUUUCUGAAUGUGUCACGCCAAGCUCUUCAUGUUUCAUUGUACUUUUUACCCUCGAGUUUAAUCCUCCAUUUGAAAGGUUACCCCCCAUCCACGGGCUGUGCAUGUGUGGAACCUCGACCUAUUCUGGAUCAUGCGGUUUACCUAGGUGUGCCCCUUGUGUUCAGUGACCCUUUUAUCCAGCAGUGUAGUGACAUUAGGAUGAUCUCUGAUUUGGACACUGUAAGUGUAACUGAGAAAAUUAGUCCUUGACAUACCAGGACAUGUUUAGUUACACGUUCUGGCAUUUAAUCCUAUAACUCUCGCUAUCCAAGUCAGGUGUGCAUAGUCAUCAAGGGCUGUUGACGCAGGACAAAGCUUUUCACAAAGCAAAGCUUGCCUAUAUCUGGAAAUACUUACUGCACCACAGCACUUAUAUCCUUAUAACAUUGUUUUAUUCGUUUUCCUCUAGGAACAUGGUUAUACUGUUGAUUUUUAUUAUUUAUGUAGCACCAACAUAUUUUGUAGCCUUUUCCAGUGGAUAUAUGUGAUCACAAAUUGUCGACAGAGAGAAGAGUUGAAGAGGGCCCUGUUAAACUGAGCUUACAAUCUAGGAAUAAAUUAGGUAAGGAGAGAAAAGGUUGACCGGUAUAAUGACUGUCUUGUUAAUCUUGGGAAAGGGGUGCAUGAUGGAACCGUGGAGAGAGUAAAUUGGACUGGGGAAACACAGGUUAUGUUUGAAGAGCCAGGUGGUCUACAGUAACAAGAGGAGAUACCCAGGAAAGUAAUAUUUCUUGAAAAGAUGGUACUUUGGCUAAAGUCUGAUAGGAGGAGGUAGAGCAUUCCUUUUAAGGGAUUUUUAUGUUUGUAUCCGCAUUCGCAACAGGUUAUUAUGGUGCGACGUGGUUAAUGGGAAUACCAAGGAGGAGUGAUUUGCAAUAAUCAAUGUGUGAACUAAAAGUGCAAGUGGAUGAACAAAGGCCUUAGAAUCACUUGUUAGAUGGGGUGAAUACUUGCAAUGUUUAUAAGAUUUAAGCUACUUGUUUUGACUAGAGGUCAUUCAAUAGAUAUUGUAUUGUAGUUUUAAUCAAUCAUAUUAUUAUUGUUUAUAUAGUGCCUACAAAUUCCGCAGCGCUGUACAAUGAGCGCCUGAUGUCCCAUUUUAGAAUAAUAGCAUGGCAGAACAUUUCCACUCGCCCAUUAGCCACAGCUGAGUGGAAACUCACUCUUCGUCAUAAUGCAGUGGGCCCUCCAGGCUUCCACUGGAGAGUAACUUCUGGUUAGCAAAGUAAAAUAUUUUAUUAAAGGCACUGAAACAAUUAUUUGUGAUAUUUUCUAUUAAAGGACCACUAUAGUGCCAGGAAAACAUACUCGUUUUCCUGGCACUAUAGUGCCCUGAGGGUGCCCCCACCCUCAGGGACCCCCUCCCGCCCGGCUCUGGAAAGGGGAAAGGGGUAAAAAUGUACCUUUUUCCAGCGCUGGGCGGGGAGCUCUCUGCCUCCUCUUUCCUCCCCGUUGGCUGAAUGCGCACGCGCGGCAAGAGCUGCGCGCGCAUUCAGCCGGUCACAUAGGAAAGCAUUCAUAAUGCUUUCCUAUGGACGCUUGCGUGCUCUCACUGUGAAAAUCACAGUGAGAAGCACGCAAGCGCCUCUAGCGGCUGUCAAUGAGACAGCCACUAGAGGAAAUAGGGGAAGGCUUAACCCUUUCAUAAACAUAGCAGUUUCUCUGAAACUGCUAUGUUUAUGAAAAAAUGGGUUAACCCUAGAAGUACCUGGCACCCAGACCACUUCAUUAAGCUGAAGUGGUCUGGGUGCCUAGAGUGGUCCUUUAACCCCUUAAGGACCAAACUUCUGGUAUACAAGGGAAUCAUGACAUAUCACACAUGUCAUGAGUCCUUAAGGGGUUAAGAGUCUUUAAGACAUUUUAUAUCAAAGUUAUCAUUUUUAAAAAUGAACGUGCGCAUCGUAUCUGAUGUCCACAAGCAGGGUUUUAUUUACAAUUCAAUGCUCCGAUGACUGGCAGGCACAAGUAGGCUGGGUUCUAGGAUGGGUCUUAACAUCAGGGGUGAGUGGAGCAAUAGCAACCUCUGUAGUCUUGGAUACCAAUUUUUCUCUUAGUCUAUACAUAAAAUUACUGAAAAGGUAUGUAUUUUGGUUAAGUGUUUAAGAAUGGAUUAGAUCCGUUUUAUGUCAAAAAAUAAAACUAAAAAUCUGGUUUGGAAUAAUUUUGUACUACCUACAAUUUUUUUUAUUUGGGGGGGGGAAGGGUUAAUCGUUUUCUUGAGGUCCCGGAGUAGGUAGUUAAACAUAUUGAUGAUGAUAUAGACAACAGCAUUUGAAAUAAUAAAGUGGACGAUAAGUGGCUCCACAUGACACAGGUUUGAGUAGAUAUUUCAAUAAUUCACUAAAAUUCAAUAGUUUCCUAUAGGAUGCUAUAUGUUUUUAGUGAUCUCAUUGGUACAGACCUCCAAAGAACCCCUAUUUAAAUUCCGCUAUACCUCAUUUUAGCCGUUGUCCAUCUAUUUCUCGGAGCUCCAUAUUGUUGGUGUGUCUGACUGUAUCACAGAGCACCACAGCAAUAAUACUCCCAGUAAUGUGUCUUUUAAAGUACAAUACAUCUUCUGACAUCAGUCGGUGUUACUACUAUAGAGCUAGUAAUUGUAUGUCUAAUAAGCCCAGUGCUUAGCCCCAGCAACUGAUAUUUAGCUACCUCUUUUGCAAAUUUCUUGCCUCUUAUUAACUGUAGGUUCGGGCAAGGUGGGCAGCUAAGUGUGAGAGUAGCAUUUUGGGUAAAGGGUGCCCUCGAAGGUACAUGAGCCUUUAUUUCUAUCUGGAUUAGGGCUACUACUAACUUUCUAUUUACAAAUAUAUAUAUUUUUUUCUCUCCUCUCCACUUUGAAGCCGUUAGCGACUUGAGUAGCAAUCCUAGUAUAAUAUAGGUGUCAGUCUUAACACAUAUACAGCUGCAGUGACUGAAACUACAGUUACCCCUAUAUAUACAUAUAUUUUUUACUUCUAGUACUACCAACUAUAUUGGGUACUAUGAGUAUUAGGUACUUUUGCCCAUCACUACUAUAUAGUGGAAACGUAUCUGUUACAUAUUUUAUUUUAUAUAAUUUUUUCUUUUUUUGUGUAUAUUUUAACCUAUUAUAAUAAAAGUUAAGUCUUAAUAUACACAGUCCGUUCUCACACAGACACUUUUGUGGAGAUAUAUUUUUGUUUUUUGUUUUUUUUCGAGUCCUGUACAGUGUGUUUUAUUUGAGUUCUGUCCUGCCAAACCAAUUUAAUGUUGUGGGUUUAAAUACGGUUUUCUAGGUCAAAGCUGGAAGUAGGGAUUCUUGUUAGGUGGGGUGGGAAGAAAUAAAUGAUGUCAGCAUCUUCGAAACUGCAAAUUAUUGUCAACAAAAUACAGGAAUUGUCCUGCACUCAAUCUUUUCUAGGAGGUCUAGAUUGUCUGACGUUAUGUCUUUCCCCUUCAGUGAGUGUCUUGCUUUGAGAGCACAGGAAGUCAAGCAUAUUUGAGCAGGCUGCUUGCAACUUGCAUGUAGGCAGACAGAUAGCUGUUAGUGUCUCCAGAGACUAAAACAGAAAUGGUGGGAGUAAACAGUGUGUGUGAGUAAAGGGCACAUGCAACGGGCUGGAUUAUAGUAUUCAUUGCUUCUGCAAGGCCUUAUAAACUUACCAUGUUUUCUAAUUUAGAAAUCAAGCUUUUUAAAUAUCUUCCCUUUAUUGAAGACAGCACUUUACAGAGUGGAAAAAUUAGAAUUUUCAAGAAAAAUUUGACAAUGGAUAAAGUUUAUGCAAAUAUUGUUAGGAAGAAGUUGUAAAAGAGAGGGUUUUUAAAGUACAUGGUGCUUAGAGGACCCUGGCUCACUUUCAUGCCUGAGAGUGGCUUAUAUUGAUGGUGAUUUUAGAAAAAGCACUGCUGUUUUAAGAUGGCACGCUUAGGUCCAGGUUGGCAGUCUCAAUUUUGUUCCUAUUGUGUGCACACCUUCCACUCAGUAUGGAAGGCUUACUCACUCCCCUUCCCAUAGUGAGAGAUGAUCCAGGGCAGUCCUGGUAAUACACAGCCUGGUUUAUUAAACUGUGAACUGUACUAUCUAUAGACUGAAAGCAUCUGGAGUAUUACUGGUAUCCGUUUAUUGGGCAGUUAGAGACAUUCUGUGUGUUGAUGGUACCACCUUUUGGGGAUUUAACGGCUUAUCCCGUAAUCUCCUGCUGUACAGAGGACAAUGGGAUAUUUUCACUCCUUAUAAAUCAAAAUGAUAUUCUACAGAUUGGGGAGAAUCACUUUCUGGUGUAGGACGGGGUCUGCCUUUUUUUAAAAUGGCCAAAUAGAAAUAAUUUUGGUUGCCCAAGAGAGUGGUUGGAGUCUUGUCAAGGGAUUGGGCGAUAUUGAGAAUUUUUAUAAAAACUUAAUUUAAUAAGUAUUUUAUUUUUACAAAUCUCUUCAUGAACAUGUUUGCUGUAGCUUAACCCCUUAAGGACACAUGACAUAUGUGACAUGUCAUGAUUCCCUUUUAUUCCAGACGUUUGGUCCUUAAGGGGUUAAUUAGUAGAAACGUACUGGAUAUCGCACUCACCAAAUAACCCAUGUCCCCCGAAGCUAGUGCUGGCCAGGCCUCCCUUUCAAGAUAUGCAGAAUAAAUAACAGUUCAGGAGUAAAAUAGCAGCGUUAUUGGGGCAAAAGCAGCAAUGUUUUGACCCUACCGGGUCUUUAUUAGGCUUGAUAAAGACCCUGCAGGGUCGAAAUUUUGCUGUUUUUGCCCCAAUAAAGCUGCUAUUUCUGUUAUGCCGGAGUGACUGAACCGUUAUAUAUUCUGCUGUUGUUUAAACACCUUUUUUGUAGACGUUUAUUGCUUAUAGGUGAAAAUUACUAUAGUUAACACUUUCAGGACUAAUUUUAUGCAAAUCCAGUGCAGGUUGGUCACCCCAAGUUUACAAAAAACAUGUUUAAAAAAAUCCUAAGGAAUAUAUUUAAGGGUCACUCCUAGCACCACCACAGUAACCCUUUAAGCAUAAACACACAUUUGACCUAUCAAGCUAGUACCUUUUUACUUCUGGCUCAUCCACAAAUAUUCAGAUCUAAUGCCUUUAAAUAAAAUCGUUCUCAAUAUUCCAUACUUUUUGUUCCACCUUUAUAAAGAAGGGACAGAUCACCUUUCAUUUAGAAAUAUUUUAAUAGCCAGAUGUUUGCACAUUUUAAUAGUGUCCUGUUUCUUUAAAAUGCAAGAUUUUUAUAUGCUUGUAUUAAAUAAACAUAAAUGUUUAUUAGAAUGGUCAGAAUAACCUGCACGGGCACCGGUAUCUUAAAUUACUUCUACCCUUACUAUGGAACCCCAAUGGAUCAUGUCCCCAAAACACCUUCACUUACCAAACCACAAUGCUUUCAUUUCACAUUUGGGACUUGGUGAUUUCAAAGUUAAAAUUAGGUUACAGAGUUUUGUCUCUGGCAUCCUUGUCAUCUGUGUAGCCCCAGAGUUCCACUUAUCCUAAUGGUCCCAGAAAGGAGUUUACCUUGUAGCUCAUUUUCUACAUCACAGUAGGAUAUAAUAUUUGAGGCCCUGCAACUGAUACAUCCCUUAGAAUCUACAUAUAUUUCCUUAUCUACUAAUUAAAGCGUCUCAUAUUAUGAUCUGCCUAUUUCCCAUCGGAAACUGAUAACACUCAUAAUCAGUAUAAAUAAAAUCCUAACUCUGUGCUGGGAUUCACCUACUAAAUCUAAACUUCUUUCCAAAUGCUAUGUUCUCAUACAGGGCAAUUACCUCAAAAGGUAUCCUGUCUAUCUCAGUUGGAGAAGGAAGGGGGUUAGAAGACUAACUAAAUGUUAUAACUUAUAAUCACAUAGAGACAUAGAGAAACUCAAUUAUAGAUUGUAUCUCCCACCAGAGAGGAAACACAAACUCUGUCUGAAUUCUUCUCCCUUAUGUUGGUGCUGCCUAUCUUCUGUGGGCACAUUUACCUAUAUUUGGAGGAAUUGUCUAAAAAACAUGCCAUUUCGGAGAGUAGUUUUUCACUUACUACAUCUCCUUUGUGCCACCUCAAUAACCAAGUCCGUAAGCGUAGCAUUGUGGCUCUCCUUUCCAGAUGUCAUUCCCUUUACAUACAAGUCUUGACAAAUGGGUAGAGUAGGAUUUUGGUGGUAAAUUAUUUUAUAUGAAAAAUUAUUCUCCUACAUUGUGUAAUUAAUAUGGUACAUAAAAAUAUUUUAUUCAUGUUUGAAUCAUAACUGCAAAUUCAAAUGGUCCAAUUCUUUACGUUAUCUGGGAAUAAAUAUAAACUUUAACAUUGCAGAGUGGACCGAAGAUAAUUAUACCGUAUUUCUCAGAGAAUUCAGAAAUUCUGAAAUGGUCCAAAUUUCAAAUAUCUUGGCUCGGAAGAAUAAACUUCAUUAGAGCAUAUUUACUUCCAAAAUUAGAGUAUCUAUUUCGCACUAUACCAUUAAGAGUUCCAAGGAAAAUUCCUCAAUUGUUUCAUGGUCUAAUUGUAUCUUAUUUCUGGGGUAAUAAAAAACCUAGGAUUGCUCUUAAAAUUAUGUCAGCUAGAAGAAGGCUUAUCAUUCCCGAACAUUUUUUUACAUCCAUGAUACAGUUAUGUUUUCACACUAUUUAGAAUGGGGAAAUAGUAACUCAAAGUCAAAAGCUUGGUAUGUAUAUGAAAAGACCUUUUGUAAUACCUUUGACCCUUUUGACCUUUUUUGGAUUGAUAAAAAAAAAAAAAAUCUUUAAAAACCUAUCUAUUGAUAACUUAAUCAUUUCCCAAAUUUUUCAAUCCAUAACACCAAUUAAGAAAUACUUUUUUGCACAAAAUCAAAUUUCCUCAAAGGCCCCUCUGGAGAUAUUACAAUUCUUUAUUCAAGAUCUUAAUUUAUCUUUUAGAGAUGGGGUAAAAAUUCUGGACUUGUAUGACCCUUCUGGAAUUAGCAGUUUCCUAAGUAUUAAUGAAAAAAUUGGCCUUGCGGAUACAUUUUUUUUUUUUAACCUAUUUAAGAAUAAAAAACUUUCUCUCCAAAUUAACCAUAAUAAUAGAUUCGUCCUUUGAUAAGAUUAUUUUUGAAAAAUGUUAAAAAUAAAUCUUCAGCAGUUAGAUCUCUGGAGGCAUUAAAGCAAGAGGUAAAAUAUAAUACGAUCUCUAAAUGGGAAAGUGACCUAAGGAAAUCUUUUUCAUGCCAAGAAUGGCAAAAGGCUUUUGAAGCUUUGAGAAAAUCGGUCCAUUGUAUAAAUAUACAAGAAACAUACCUUAAACUUAUCCAUAGAUGGUAUAUGGUUCCUAUGAAAAUAGGCAAAGUCCAAGCUAAUUCCUCAAAUAUCUGCUGGCGAUGUAAUAACUAAAUUGGCUCAUUUAAACAUGUGUGGUGGGAGUGUCUGGGUUUGGACACUCUUAAACUAGCAAUAUCUAAACUAUUUACUGAUUUAAAAUUAAAUAUUACGCUAUCACCAGAAAGAUUUUUAUUCCAUUUAGAUUUACCAAAAAUGAAUAAAUUUUUCUAUUAUUUAUCUAUUCACAUUUUGAUGGCUGCUAAACUGUGUAUUGCUAGAAGAUGGAAACAGGAUAUUUCUCCUUCUAUGACAGAGGUCAAAAUCCAGAUACAGUAUCAAGGCCUAAUGGUAAAGGCGGUAUAUUUUAAGGAUAAUAACAUCAGCUCUUAUAAUAAGAUUUGGGGAAAAUGGUUUGAUUAUCAUAAAGAAUAAAGUAUUCAUGCUUUAAGCAAUAUACUAACCCUGGCAUUGAUGUUUUGGCAAAAUAAACGCUGAUAAUAACACUUCAAAGGUGGCUCUACCUUAUGUCAUUAUUUUAAUUGAAGAGUAACUGACUAUUCCUUCUCCUGCUCCCGAUGACCGACCCAUUAUUUGGUUGUUUUAUUUUGUAAUGUUUCUUUUUAGGUUGUAAGUCUUUGUAUACAUUAUAAUAGAAUAUUAAUAUUCUGUGCUUAAUUCACGACACGACUAUAUAUUUGUAUAAUUUGUAAAAAAUAUAAUCAAAAAAGAAGUAAAAAAUAUAUAUAUAUAUAUUUUAUUCAUACAUUGCAACAAUAAUACAGAUAGAUAUUUUUUUGUGUGUUUAGGACAUUGGUAUGUCACUCCCAUUUAUUCCAUCUCUCCCAUUGAAAUAGGUACUAGAUCUUCUAUGUGCUUAUUUGUCUACCUGUCUGUGUUUCUUUCAGGAGCUCAGGACCAUAUACAGUGACCAAAACAUCUCAUCAACAUGACUUCCUUCACAGAGACUGGUGGAAAUCAAGAACUCUGCUCAAGAGACAUUGUUUCUACUCCAGUUUAUCCUCAGGUCAAUUGAAGACACCCAGUUGGGAGGAGACUGCUCUUCCCUUUCUGUGGGAAGCAAUGUCUUUUCAUUGUUGACGGCUCAAAGUGGCGGGGGUGGGGAGCAGGAGGGGUGGGUGUCUUUCCAGGUUGGCUCCUAUCCCCUGGUAGACACCGUAACCGUGGAGAGGCCCGGUUACCACAAACUGAUGGAUUUUGACCAGAAAGAAGGAAAAGGUGAAUCUGAGGAAGUUGGAAGAAGGAUGUCUAAAGUUGGGGGAGGGGCAGGGAGGGGUAACCGGAACACUGGGGCCAAUUCCGGGGUCUUAAUGGUUGGACCAAACUUCCGGGUAGGAAAGAAGAUUGGGUGUGGGAACUUUGGAGAGCUACGUCUUGGUGAGUGCACACGUCUUAAUAUUUUUAUGAAACUAAUUUUAUUUCAUGUUUUGCAUAGAAAUGUUAAAAUCUUAACCAGCAUUUAACUAUUUGGACCUGGAGUCAAACACAUCUGUCUGCUUAUUAGUUUUGGUUUCCCCCCCUGUUAUUUUGACUCUGACAAUGUGUUUGGUUUUUUAUAAAGCUUUGAUUUCAUUUUAUCGGCUAAAACAGUCAACUCUCAGACUCAAAAAAAAAAGAGGUUGGCUGCAUUAGAACUAUUGUCCAUAAAAAUGUGUUUUGGAAGUACAUUAAUUGACCUUUUUAAUGAGUUUCCCUGGCAAUAUAAAAUAUAUAUAUAUCUUUUUUAAUAAAAGUCUGCAGGGUGGUCACUAUGCAUUUCCAUUUUAGUACAAGUCAGAGUUUUAAUUCUCUCACAUGCCCCCAAGUGGUGGGAUAUCUGCUAAACAGCAAGCAGCCAGUGUCUGCUCACUGUAAUAAAAACCAAGAGAAUGGGCCGCUAUUGCUGCACAGUUGCUAGCAAUGAAGGCAUGUCUCCCCUGUGCCACUACCCAUGGGAGCUUUAUUCUGUGCGUGAAGGUUAAUGGACUUUAUGAUUUGCAUCUGUGAUACCUGCAGAUCAUUUUCUGUGCUUCCUCCAGUCUCCUUGCUUAAGUCAUUGUCUAGGAACUGCCAGAUUGUGAAGGAGCACUGACAGUGAUUUUCAAACACACUAGAACCCUUACCAUAGGCUAUAGAAUUGCCGUGGCAACACUUCAGUCAUGUGUCUUAUUCUCCUUAUAGCGACACUAUACUUACCAGAACAACUACAGCUUAAUGUAGUUGUUCUGGUGACUAUAGUCAGUCCCUGCAGGCUUUUUGUGGUAAACACUGCCUUUUCAGAGGACUACUGAACAUUACUGCGUAGGAACACCUCUAGUGGCCACUCCUCAGAUGGCCACUAGAGGUACUUACUUGGUCUGCAGCACUGAAGAUGUUGAUAGGCUAGGCAUUUGACCCCUCCUCGUCUGAAAUCAUCCUAUGGGAAAGCAUUGUAAUUGGCUAAGAUCAUCAGUUCAAGGAAGUGGAUCGGGGUGAGGCCAGCAAAUAUGGACCCGCUCGGAGCUAGGAACAGGGUAAGUUUUCUUAUUAUUUAAGGGAGGCUAGGAAUCCUACAUGUGUUUUCAACUCUUGAGGUCGGGAAUACACAUUUGUGUUCCUUUAAGUUUGCACCAGCCUUUUAUUAGAGGAUGCAUCUACUUAUAUUGAGAUUGUUUGCCCAACUAACUUGAAUAGGCAUUAGAAGCAAUACACAGGAUAUUGUAUUGUUUAUGAUAAAAGGAAUCUUUAAAUGCAUCCUCCCUUGACAAUCCACUUUUUGCUUCUUUACUAUUUGUCUGGGGCUGUUACUGGGGCUUUCAGUGUCAGUAAUUCAUCUUUCCUUUACUAUUAUACUUGGAGUCAGUGUAUUUGUUUAUCUAUGCUAGUGGAUGGGCAUAGUUAAAUGGGAAUGGGUAAAAUCACUUCAAAUGAUGUUUCACACGGUGACUGAGAACUUGCAUAUUUCAUUGUCAAUCAUUUAUUUAUUUUAUUUUUCUUAGGAAAAAACUUGUACACCAAUGAAUAUGUAGCUAUCAAGCUGGUAAGUGUCAUUGCAUAUACUGUCCGUGUGCAUCUCUAUACACACUUUUUUUUCCCUCCCAAAAUAAAGUGUUUAGACGAGUAUGGAGCAAGCUAAAGUUAAAUGUGACCUUCAUGUACCCGAAUUAUUAUUUUUAAAGGAACAUUCCAGACCCCUGAAGCACUUUAGUUUGCUGAAAAGCUUUGUGUGAAGAGUGUAAACAGAUUUCAAAAAAAUGUACACUCCUCUAAAUUAACCUGGUUCACACCCUGGCUGUCAAUUCCUGGUUUGGUUAGCUCUGUGGAGCUAAACGCAAGAGGCAGCAAUUGCCCAGAGCACCUGCCUUGCAAAGACUUCUCAUUAAGCUGCAUUGGGAAGCCUGUGAUUUGUAUGGGCGGAGUUAUAAGGUUUUUUGUUUUUUUGUUUUUCAAACUGUUUUCUUAUAUAACACCAAUGAAAAAAUAUAUAAUUAAAUUCAUGCAAGUUUUCAUUUGGAGUAUAUCUACUAAACAGUGAUUUUUAUUUAUUUUGUGUUUGGGCAGUGGAGUAUCUCUUUGUUACACUGUCAUAACAUUUCUGUCUUCAUGUUUAAAGAGUUACCAAGCACUAUUACCACUUCAGUGACUGGAAGUGGUCAUGGUGCCUGGAGUCUGUAUGUGCAGAAUUUUGUUUUAAAACACUGCACAUACGGAGAUUAACCAUUCUGUUGACUGAAUUGUAAUUUCAACUUUGGCAGCAUCAUUGGGGGAGUCAUUACUCUGUCCAGAACAAGCGUUUGGGCUGGCUAAUAUAAAUUCUAUGCAAAACUGGGCCCUGGCGCGAGCAUGCUGGCACCAGGUAGCCAAUGGCAACAUGGCUUCCCCCUCUGUGCUUCCCCCCUUUAAUCUACCCUCCUUCUGGGAGGGGGAGUAAUAUUAGUAAAGGAAGAUUAGUCUCAGGGGAGAACUUGGCCUCAGCGUGGGAUUUCGUUUAAUUUUUUUAGGGAGGGGGAGGGGGGUUGUUUCCUCUAUUUAUCGCAUUUCUAGCAAAACCGUGCCUUUUUAGUGUCCCAAAUCCAGAGGAGCAGUUGUUAUGCGAGAUCCAUAUAGAUUGAUUUUUUUUUUUUUUUUUCUUCUGAUGUUGCGAUCCUGGUAAUCAAAAUGUAGCAAAAACUUGUCAUUAAACAUGCGCCCUGGAAACCUGAUCCAGACCUCUUUGAGGUUGAAAUUUUGACAGAUCUUAUGAUUAGAAUAAAAAAUAGCCACAAGUGUGUUUUGCAGUUGCAGAGUAUUUAUUCUAUCACAAAUCUCAUCUGGUACUGGAUUCAACAAGGUGCAGGAAAUGUUCUUCCAUAAUGCUGCACAGUCUGAGACUUGGGGGCUGUGUUGUCAAUCAGAGUAAUUAAAAGUCACUUCUAUGUUUGUGAAACAAUGUGUGUUUUGUGUCAUGCAUCACUGUACUGCUGUAUGUAUCCAUUCAAUUCUAGUUACAAAGUGGCCACGAUGGGAUGCAGUGGUAUUAGGAAUUCAUAUUUAUGCCAAGAAAAUAUUCUCCACAUCAAUGCACCAUGAUCACCAGCCUGUACCAUUCACACUAUGCCAAAAUCUACAUUAAGCUGUAGUUGUUCUGGUGUAGUGUCCCUUUAAGAUUCCAGUAGGUGCACUUUCUGAAGCAUGCUUGAAGCACCACAUCACGUGGUAUGAAGUGCAGCGGUCUGGAGCUGUGAUUCUUUCAUUAUCAAUCGCUGCUCAGCUCUUAGCGACUUACACUAGUAAAGCUGGACGCCAUGAUCAAAUGUUAUGAUUCACAGCAGUGUGAGCCCCUGGCAGUUGUGCAGUGGUUUGUAAUGAAAGAAGUACAGCUCUAGAUGCCUGCACUCAUAGAAGACCAGGAAGGGAGUCUUAAAAUGUUUAUAUAUAUAUAUAAUAUUUUUUUUUUUAUAUAUCUAUCAAACUGAAUGUGGGCUUGGCUUAAUAUUUCAAGUCCUAUGCAACUAGCCAGGCCUUAAAAUUGACUUGCCACUGCAAGCAUGGAGAGUCCAUGGCAUAUUCACCAAGGGUGACUUUCUUCUCACCAGGACUAAAUUUACACUCACCAAAGGCUAGCGGUGAGUGGAAACUUUGAGCCCUGAUGUGGGUGUAUGUGAGAUGGAGGGGAAAUAAGAACAGUGACAUGACUGACAUCCCACUAUCAAUGUGGAGGAGUUUAAGAGAUGACCUGUCUAAAUCCCACCAAAUUUGCAGGCAGAUUGCAUUCACACAUAUGUAUACAAUGCCCUUUUACACACAUGUGUAGAAUACCCAUUUAUUGAUACGCACUGACCCUAUUUUUACACACUUAUGAACACUCCAUGCAGUUUGUAUGCAUUUAUGUGGGCGAGUAACUUUUAGGCCCAGCUAGUGAUUAGAGCUUGACAUUUUGAGGGAGACAUUUGGCAUAUACUAUAAGACCGAAGCUUGAGUGAAUUAUGGAUAGCUAAGCUUAUUUUCUCCUACGUGUGCUCUUCAGCGUAGUUUACCUUUUUUUUUUAAAGUGUAUAUAUAAAUGUAUAUAUUUUUUUUAGGUUAGGUACAGUAACAUAUAUGUAUAACAUGCACACACAAAGACAUACACAAUGUGUCAGAGAUAAUUGGAAGUCCUCCCUUCCUCCCUCCUCCCGCCAUGACUUGGAGGUUUGCUGAGAAGAGAGAGAGGGUGCAAGAUUGUUUCUAUGUACUUAUAAUUCUCUUGCUUUCCCUCAGGAGCCAAUCAAAUCAAGAGCACCGCAGCUGCACCUGGAGUACCGCUUCUAUAAGCAGCUUGGGAAUUCAGGUGAGAUUCCAUGGAGAUGUUUAGAUGUAGAAGCCACAUCAUGCAGGAUGCAUUUUGUAACAUUCCUGUGAAACACUGCAUUCAUCUGUCUCACAUACCAUCUAACAUUCCUUAUCUCUCCUAACUAAUUUUAUCUUCCUGCACUGAUUUGCAUGUCUUUUUUGUUUAGAUGCUCCUCUGCCUUUGCUGAUUUUUUUUCUCUCUCUCUCUCUCUCUUCCUUCCUUCCAGUCUCCUUCUGAGCAGUCCUUGCAUGGCACUCCUCUCAGCCUACUGUGUGCCGAACCAUCUUUCUCUCUAGGGUCUUUAUUUCCUAUUCCUUUAUUUUUCCUCCCCACCCAAAAUCCCUCCCGGCAUUAUUUACAUCCUUUCUUAAUAUGUUUCUUGUGUGUCUUGCUUUGACCCUUCACCCCUACUUAAAGGAAAGUGAGUUUAACUAAUACGACCUCAGAUCGUGAAAAUAAAAAGAUAAAAUUGUAGCUCUGGUUAGAAAAAAAAAUAUAUAUAUUUCUGUUCAGUGCAAAUCCAAAUCAGUACUGUAAGAUAAUACACUUGGAGUUAAAGACGGAAGUGAUAAACUACUGCAAUAAUUCAACAGUGAGCAGAGACAAGUUUGCUGUUACAAGAAUCAAGCUCACAUGACAUUAUGAUACAUGAUGUGUCUAAUUCUAGUCAGAGAAUAGCACAGGGAUUCCUAGAGCAUGUAGUAUUUGCAUAUUUAUAUUGAGACACUAAGGUUGUGUUAAAGGGACCGUCUAAGCAGAAUACCUACCGCAGCUGAGAUUCUUAGUAUAUCACUGGCAUCCAUAUAUUAAUGAGACUGAUAUUCCUAAUGCCUGCUCAUUAGGAAUAUGGUGAGUGAGGGGAGCCUCAACCGCUCAAAGAGUUUGUCCAGAAGACCGUGCCGUUGGCCUAUUAACACCUAAAAUGUUUUCACUGUUUACAGUGGGAGGAGGCUAGGACACUCCUGGCAAUAUAAACUCUACACUGACCUCUAGUGGUCAUGGUGAUUGGAGUUACUCCAACUAUCAUAGCCACUGCAGCCUCUUGUAGUGGUUAUGAUGUGUCGUUCCCCGUUAAUGGGACAAAUAUUUUUAGAACAAUUUGCCCUGUUACCUGGUCCUGCUGGGUAACUGGUCUCCUCUGAAGCAGGUUUUACAAUGGAUGCCGAUCCUGCCACUUCACAGGCUGAGCGCAUUGGGAUUUGCACAGAAUUUUAAUUGGUCAGUCUGGAACUCUUGGGUCGGCCUGGUUGAUGACACCACAACAACAUUGUUGGAAGGGGAGUUACAACUCUGACAGCAAAGGGGUUAAACUUUGUAUAUGCAGUGUUUUAUCAAAGUGAAACGUUUCCACAUACAGACUCCAGGACCAUGACCACUUCAAAUCACUGAAAUUAUCAUAGUGCCUGGAGUAACCCUUGAACCACAACUCAUUGAAAUAUUUGAUGUGCAGUGUCUUCGGAAAAUAGAGCUACAAGUGAUGAUAUCUUCUACAUUGUAACUUAAUCUGCUCAUUGCACAUGACCGAUGGAUACAUUGAGUUCUUGGUCAACUUAAAUAUCUCCGAUUAACUAUUUGCAACCUCUUUUCCCUGACGUCUUAAAUAUUUCCACAUCCUCCUUUCAAUUCACCCUUUUUUAUGUUUGUUUCAGAGGGUCUUCCUCAGGUGUAUUACUUUGGACCCUGUGGAAAAUACAAUGCUAUGGUUCUGGAGCUGCUCGGGCCCAGUCUGGAGGAUUUGUUUGACCUCUGUGACAGAACAUUCACCCUUAAAACCGUGCUGAUGAUAGCAGUCCAGUUAGUGAGUACCUUGGAUUUAAACAGAACCAUUUAUUAUAUAUAUUAUAUUAUUAUAUAACUAUAUAAUGUUUUUUUGCUGAUUGCUCUGCUCUUAAAAUUGUGCAACAUUAAAUUAUCCCACAGUGUCAUGUUGGCACAGGUGCCUAUUCCAUUAAUGUACUAAAUUACUCAUUUUCUAAAGUAACAAAAAGGCUUUGACAUUUUUUGGAUCGUGAUUUAGAAAACGCACAGUACCAGUAAAAAAACAGAAAAUAUUAUCAGUCAGACUCUGGAUGGUAUGUUGCCGAUUUAUUUGUUUUAACUGACAUUAUUUUAACUAUAUCUAUCUGUGUGCAUUCCUCCCCAAUGAAAUAAAAGUAUUUUUUUGUGCUAAAUACUGAACUGGGGAGAUUAAAUCCCAAAAAUAACCUGUGAUCUGUAGUAUAAAUAAUUACUACAGUGCAGUAUCUAAUGAACAUAACCAUUAUGUUUAAAAUAUAUACUUUGGUUUUAUUCCUUUCCUCAGCCUCUCUUGAUUACAUAAUUGUAAAAGAAUUCAAUGACAAGGGUCACUGAACAUCCAACAGGCACCAGCCUGUGCAUAUCGAGCUUUUUGACGGUGUUCCAAACAGUGAGACGAGCCUAUUGCUGUCUGUAGAAUGCUCAAGAAACACAACAGUUACAACUGGAGGCAGGAUACUUUGUAUAAUAAAAUAUACAAUAUUGGUUAUACUGAAUUAUUGUGCCCAUUAGAAGCAUGCGUAUAUUUUUUUCUUUUAAUAUAACAGUAUAUUAAAAGUUAAUUUUAAUAAUCCUUCCCCUUAAAAAGUUUGUAGGAUUAAAGGGAAAUUUUCAGCGCCAUAAUCCAGAACGCACUGUAUUAAUUAUGGUGGUAUUCUGUCAAAUCAUUUAUGAACUGUUUCACGCUCGCUUUGCUGUGUCAGGUGCCUCUGGUCCUUCCAGUCUGAGUUGCUAUGACAAAAAGGAUGCUCGUUUCUCUCAUAUGUGUCUUUUCCGAUCACUGAUCUUUACACGUACUUUAUAUAAUCAAAGUAUGUUUAACCAAUGUAAUGUGUGUUUAUACAGAUCUCACGUAUGGAGUAUGUGCACACAAAGAGCCUGAUAUACCGGGAUGUGAAGCCAGAAAACUUCUUGCUUGGUCGUCCUGGAAGCAGACGUCAAAAAAUAAUCCACAUUAUUGACUUUGGUCUGGCCAAAGAGUAUUGGGACCCAGAAACCAAAAAACAUAUUCCAUACAGAGAACAUAAAAGCUUGACUGGAACUGCAAGAUAUAUGAGUAUCAACACUCACCUGGGAAAAGGUAAGACAUUAACUAGGAUAUAGCAAAGAUAUGUUCAGUGCGAAUACAAAAUAAUUUUUGACGAAAUUUACAAAUGUCCUUAAAUCUGUACUGUCAUGCCAAGCUUACCUUUCUCAUGUUGUUUCCCCUCUCAGAAUCUGUUCUUUCCUGAUUUAGUUUUCUUUAAAACAUAAGACAAAAUAUUUGUCUUAUGUAUUUUUCCUACGCCUGACAUUCUAUGGCACAAGGAGAAGCUUAAAUCUGCUCUAUUUCCUGUGUCAAGGAGUAGGGUGAGUAUUGUGGAAAAACUUUCAUUGACACAUGAAAUGGAGCUGACUUAAGCUCUUCCUUGGGGCAAAGAAAGUCAGAUAUAGGAAAAAUACAUUAAAGUAGUCCCUAUUUUGUCUCAUGUUUUUAAAGAAAACUAGAUCAUAAAUAAAGAGAAGAAAAACAGAUUCUGAGAGAGGAAGACUAUAGAAGAAAGGUACGUUCAGUGUCACAGUGCCGCUUUAACCCUGGGAAUCCUUGAAAAUGAAAACCCAUUCUUAAGAUAACAAAGAUAUUGCAAAGAUCCAUAAAGCAAGACUGCCACCCACUCCGCCCUAUCCAAAAUUCCAACACAGUCAAAAGAUAUACAGAGACAAAGUAGGGACAGAUUAACAUUAUGGCAUUUUGCCUUUUAACCAACCAAUGAACUAUACAUGCAAAUACAAGUUGGGAACCCAAGAUCAAAAAAUAGAUGGGCUUAAACUGAAGUUGUGAAGUAGAAUGUUCAAAAGAGAUGAUGGAGAGAUGUAAAAUUUAAUUGUACCUUGUAAUGAAUGGUACCCAAGACCCAGAGAAGGUUUCUGUGGCGAAAAGAACCUCGCCACUGGGUUUUGGAGGGGCCUGUUUGCUUGCCUUUUGCCUCAGGAUUAUGGCCCUGUGGUGUACGGCCCUUUAAAACUCUUAUUGGGGCAUAUGGAGACUUUUGGGAACAAUGCUCCUUUAAAACUGUGUCCCCAGACUGUGCAAGUACUUUGUUCAUGCUUUGUUACUAUGGGGUUCGGUAAAUGGAAUUUACCGAACGAACAGCCGGACCACCUGCAUGUGGAGUGUGCAGGCAAUUUACCUCCCAGAAGCUGUGGUUCGUAUAGUCGAACACGUGGCGGCAGCCAUCUUGUUUUGUCGAAUGCGGUCAGUGGUGUUUUGCCGUCGAACUCAUGGAACUGAAAUCUGCUACACGAUGGCGCGAACACCGGUGAACCUUACCUUCUUUGGAACUUCGGCGGGAUUGGAACGGCGUUCGACAAUUCGAAAACCACUUUUUACAUUGGCUAUUUGCACGAACUGCCCCAUUCGUGCAUUCGAAAGACAUUUGAACAUUAUGUGAACUAUGGGGAAUAGACCGGCUGAACAGCCCAAAUCUGUGGAACCGUUUUGGGCAGGAAAGCCAUGCUGCGGUCGGUCAUAUAUGGCUUCCAGCUAACUUUUGAACCCCUGAAACGAUUGCCCUGAUUUUCGAAUAUGUUGUUCCCCCAAGUAUGCUUGUUCUGAAAAUGUAUGUUUUAUGUGACUUGCAUGUAUAGCUUUAAAGUUAUGAAUAUUGUGUAAAACUGUAUAUUUUCUGCCUGUGAUAAUUAAAGGGACUCUCCUGUGCCAGGAAAACAGGAUGCAUUUUCCUGGCACUGCAGGUCCCCUCUCCCUCCCACCACCCAUCCCCGGUUGCUGAAGGGGUGAAAAAACCUUCCAGUGACUUACCUGAGACCACCGCCGGCUGAGGAGACCUAAUGAGCAUGCGUGGCGCAGUAGAGCUCUCCAUAGGAAAUGGGGAAUUGAGCGAUAUUGGAGGUCCACAGAAAACCUGUGCUAUGAAGCAGGAGGUGCCCUCUAGUGGCUGUCUAGUAGACACCACUAGAGGAGGAGUUAACUUUGCAAGGUAAUUAUUGCAGUUUAUGUAAACUGCAAUAAUUACAGUUGCAGGGUUAAAGGUAGUGGGAGUUGGCACCCAGACCACUCCAAUGGGCAGAAGUGGUCUGGGUGCUUGGAGUGUCCCUUUAAGUUAGCCCAUUGUGUUUAGUAAUUCUAUCACAGGCAAAAGGGAGGGUUUGUGUGCCUUGACUGGGACUGUCUGAAUGUAUUGUAAUGUGUUUGAGUGGCUGUUCCUCAAGCCCAUGUGGGUGGUAACCUUGUGGGAAAAGUUGCAUAUAAGACAAUAAACCCUCAGACUGCUGAGAUUCCUGCUUGACUCUCAAUACAGAGCCUCGUCUCGUACUUGGGGGGGAUUAUUCGUGUGUUUUCCUAUUUGGUGCUUAGAAGUGUUCGGUAGCUGACCUUGUAUUCGGGAAGGGAACAUCUUUGGCGGUGUUAACCCCUUCUAUACCGGGGGUGCCGUUACAGUUCCCAAGUCACUAUUCUUUUUUUUUGUGCACUGUACUGACACUGUUUCUUUCAGAAUGCAACGCUGGUCCAUUUUGUCUGUUUUGACAACUUAGGAGAAAAGACUUGGCAUUUCAUGCUAGCCAUUGUAUAAAGUUAUUAUAGGCAGUUGGUUUUUAUUGUUAAUCUCUAUAUUGAUGGAAUUAAUCUGCAAAUGUGCUGUGAUGCCAUUGCUUACUGCGAUUCAGCCAAGUGCAUUAUGGGAGCACAGUAAGUUUCUGCGCUACCCACUUCAUUUUACAUUUAUUCUUUGUAUCCGUACUAAGAACCUGACCAAAAUUCUAGAUCCUUCUUUGUUUCUGCAGGCAGUAUUAAAACACCGGAAGAUUUACAGAGUGCAAGGGAAAUGGCACAGCCUACUUCAACAGUUUUUAGAAAAGAAAAAGAAUUCAGAAAAGGCUCAGUUUUCCCGUACUUUUUAAAUUAUAUAAUAGCAAAACUAUACAAGUGCUAAAAUAUUACUAGCACAGUAAACACAAUAUUAUAUUGCCUCUCCGGAAUAUUGUCACUUCACAUAUUUUUGUUUUGUCGAUCGUUCCAUUGUAUGGCUUAAAAGACAGAUUUCAGUGUAACCUGUUAUUUUAUUAUUAUUAUUAUUAUUAUUGCCAUUUAUAUAGCGCCAACAUAUUUUGUAGCGCUUACAAUAUUAUGAGAGGGGGAUUUACCUAUAAAUAGGACAAUUACAAAAAACUUACGGGAACAAUAGGUUGAAGAGGACCCUGCUCAAUCGAGCUUACAUAAAACACAUUAGGACAGGAAUUUGCAGUCAAACAAGGUGGGCUGUAGGAGAGAGCAAGAGACUUUAGGAGAGAGCAAGAGACAGGUAUGUGAGGUAGAGGUUACUCUGGGAGGCCAUAAGCUUUCCUAAAGAGAUGGGUUUUAAGGCACUUCUUAAAAGAUGCAAGACUAGGGGAGAGUCUGAUGGCAGUAGGCAGGCUAUUCCAUAGGAAGGGAGCCACCCGUGAGAAGUCCUGCAAGCGUGAGUUGGCCGUACGGGUGCGGACAAUGGACAGGAGGUGGUCAUGGGCAGAACGGAGAGACCGAGAAGGGACAUACCUAUGGAUCUGUGAAGAGAUAUAAGAGGGGCUAGAGUUGUUCAGUGCUUUACAGGUGUGAAUUAGUACCUUGAAUUGACUCCUAUAGCAUACAGGAAGCCAAUCUAAGGGCUGGCAGAGGGGUGAGGUGUGAGAGAACCGACUAGAGAGGAAUAUCAGUCUGGCAGCAGCGUUCAUUAUGGACUGUAGCUGUGCAGUACGGCUUUUGGGAAGACCAAUCAGGAGAGGGUUACAAUAAUCCAUGCAGGAAAUUACUAGAGCAUGGACAAGCUCCUUGGUAGCAUCUUGCGUAAGAAAGGGGCGGAUGCGAGCUAUGUUUUUAAGAUGGAAUCUACAGGACUUUGCAACAUGCUGGAUGUGAGGCCAGAAUAAAGUAUGACGCCAAGACAGCGCGCUUGCAAGGAUGGACUGAUGUGGGUACCACAAACCUGAAGGGAGAGCGAAAGAGGAGGAUCAGUAUUAGGAGGAGGAAAGACAAGGAGCUCAGUUUUAGAGAAAUUGAGUUUCAGGAAGCAGGAGGACAUCUAGUCAGAGAUGGAAGAAAGACAAGCAGUGACACGUUGCAGGAUAGCAGGGUAGAGGUCCGGGGAGGAGAGAUAUAACUGGGUGCCAUCAGUGUACAGGUGGUAGUGGAAUCCAAAAGAGGUAAUAAGUUUGCUAAGAGAGGCAGUAUUUGUUAUCUUUAUUUUCCUGUUUUCAGAGCAAAGCCGGAGGGAUGAUCUAGAAGCAUUGGGCCACAUGUUCAUGUAUUUUCUUCGUGGAAGUCUGCCAUGGCAAGGUCUUAAGGUAAAGAAACUUUGUAUCAGAACUUUCCUUUCUUCAACCUCAUGUCAUGUUACGAAAACAGAUCAUUUAGAACUUUGCUUUAAAAUUUAAGUGGGUUCUGUUGUACGAGGAUCAAGAUGUAAACAUCAUAGAAAAUCAACAAUUCCAAAAAAAAAUAAGAUGACACGGUUAUUGGCAAAUUGGUCUUUUACUUGUGGUAGUAACUCAAAAUAUAGGAAAUAACAAGGAAGUAGAGUAGAAAGCACAAGUCCAGACGAAAGAGAUGAAAUAUGUACUUAAAACAACUAAUUCAACCACCAAACAAUAAAACGAGGUAUAUUAAAGUAAUGAUAAAAUCAUAACUUAGAAUUAUCUACUAACAAAGGUAUAAGGAAGAAUGGGUUUCCUAGGUUUUGUGAUGGGAUGGUUAAUCCACACCUUCUCCCUUCACUUGAGUUGUUGCAUUCUCCAAGGUUACUACUUGUGUUUAGAUUACCAUUUUGGUUUAUGUAUUCGUUUAUUCUUUAUUUAUUUUUUUCCCUUUGUUACCAAGCAUAUUUCCUUUAGGCUAUUUUGUCAUUAAGAGAGUAUUAAUAAUUUUUCUAUCAGUCAAACUUCUUAACUUUUUCUACAACCAACUGUAUAUGCAAAUAUUGACUUUUUCUCCGCCUGACUUUUAGCUUCCUGUUUCAGGAUGUGGAAUAUGGUAUAGCAAACCUUCUCUCCGUGGCACAGUUAUUGUAAACAUUCAAGCAGUAAAACACAGGAUAUGCAUUUAGGAAAAACAUCUUACAUUCAGUUAUCGGUUAGGUUCAGUUCAGUGUGAAUGGAGAGACGUUUGCCAAUACUAUUGAUGAGGAAUUUUUUUUUUGUGGGAUUUAUUCACUAAAUAUCAAGUGUAGUCUGCAUGUAUAUCUCUAAAUAGUAAAAUACCUGAACACAAUUUCCAUGUGUGCUCUUCAAAUAGAAAUCCAACUCUCUUCUUAGAAAAGAUGGCAACGCCUAAUCGAUUUUAUUGUUUUUUUCUAUCCCUUAGGCUGACACGUUGAAAGAAAGGUAUCAGAAAAUAGGUGACACAAAAAGAUCCACUCCUGUGGAGGUCCUUUGUGAUAAUUUUCCAGGUUGGAAUCUUUAUACCUAGAUAUUAUUUGUUUUAAAUCUGUUUUUAUUGAGGUCAACACAAUAAGCAGCUUUCCCGCGCAGGGGAUAAAGCGUAAACAAUGCAUUUGUUAUGGAAAAACAUGAGUAGUUAUGUGUACAAGUUUAUCAUAGCAUGUUAUAGCCCUAUAAUGUGGUACACUUUAAAUAUGUUUUUGGUUUUUUUUUCCCCCCUGCAUCGGCUGAGUUCAAGAGGGGGCCUCAUAUGUCACUAUGCGGUCAAAUUGUGUCUAACUAAGCAUGUGGUAAAGCUUUCAGUAUAUGUAACCCUAUAUGUAAUUAAGUACACUUUGCCUUUCUAUCAUAAGUUUAAUAUGGGUCAGAAGAUAGAUAACUAACUACAGCAUCGUACCAGAUAGCCUCUGGGUACUAUAGGGCACCGAUGUCGUAUGUGCUUGCCCCUUGUGACAUCCUAUGGACAAUUCCAAUAUAAGUUGUACCACAUGCCAUAUUUGCAUUUGGUUUGCCAGUAAGUUGAUUACUAUGGCUAACAUGCAGCCUAUGUCCGCUGAAGCCAUGUAGCGUGGAGAACAUAUUCUGGUUUGAGUUGCGGUACACACAUUUACAUAAUCAACAUAUGCAUUAGGAACUGUAGGUAAUUAUGCAGCGAGUGGAUGAGGGCGACGUGUUACCUUGUGGAUUUAUAACCCAAGUGAUUAGGUACAGAGACCUAUCAUGUGAUGUGUUCAAAUAGCGCUUAGUCUAUUGUGACUCUAACUUGGAUAUUAGGAAUGCCUCUAAUAUAAGCAUUAAUAGUUAACGAGCCCGUAAAGAAAUGUAGUGUUGCUAUAAGAAGGCAUUUGGAGGAAGUGUUGUUUAACUAAACUAUCUAAGAAAAUAAAAAAAAAAUAAAAAAAAAAGGAGGAUUUUCCGAAUGCUUGCUGCCAUUCUGAGAAAGGUUAUGUAUGCAAUUAUUUACUCCCCUAGACUGUAGCUCGUAGGUACUGCAGCAUAAACAGCGUUUCCACGCCUAUUACAAUAUGUUAAGUAAGCAUCAUAAGGCUUUGAUAGGUCAUAGCCGUUUGUCUCUUAACUGCGUCUAAUGAAUUAUGGCAUAGGCCUGCAACAACAAUGAAUGCAAAAGAAAUGAAAAUCAAUUGUAAGAACUAUAACAUGAGAGGCUAGUAGUAAUAUGCAAUGUAAGUGCAAUGUAAGUGAAGGAAUGAAUAAACAGGCGAUUGCAAUUUCAAUGGAGAUAUUCAUCACAUAACGUGCAAUCUGAUGUAGACAGUGGUUAGUUAUGCAAUGCAGGUAAUUGAAGGCAAACAAGGUUUUUAUAACCUGAACCUAGGUUGCAGAUGUGUCAUAGUGCAUUUGCUCCCAACAGUGAUGGGAAAAAGUGAGUCACUUCGUGGGGAGUAGGAACAUGCUGCGCUGUCGUUUCACAUAAUAGGUUAAGGAGAGCGGUGUCGAUUGCACCGUAAGUAAGCUACCUCCGUGGUUGCCCCCAUAGGGCUCCAAGCAUGCAUGUCCUCCAUCGGUCAUCCCUGGGGCUGACCCAUCCCACCGGUUUUGCGUUCUGUGGUGCCGUGGGCACUUAAAGUCCAAAUCUGUCCCCCGGACCUCCCACACCAAGAGUCCAGGUUCUGACCGUCUCCUGCACCUCCCCAGCACCACUUCAGCCUCUGUGAAGCACUUGGACCCUCAUGUCCCACCUGGCGCCGGCCACAUACUUAGGACUGGGGCACCUUCCUCACGGCCACCGGUACACCGGAAAGGUCUGUGCGUUCCCGUCCCACAGGACUCACUGCGGCAGGGACAAUCUCCCCUGGGCCACCCCCGAAACCCAAAGGCAGGGACUGGUACUUCUCCAGGGGGCAGGCCACCCAGGGUAUCCCUCUGCAGGGCAGCAGCUGUUGGGGCCAUCGAAGCAAUGCGGGGAAGCCACUCUAUGAAGGUGAGUCUCCCCUUACAUGCUUGCAUUGCAAUGAAUUUUUGUAGCAGUUCCUUUUACUGGGUGGGAGGCCGCUGGCACUCCCGACCCCUUCUGAUCCCCUUGGGUGUCGUCGAAGCAGGGACUCAUGGGCCAGGACAACCCCCACCGGCCUGGCACGAUGCAGGAGCUAGCGAAGAUGGCUGCCGGCUCGGUGGCCCGGCCCCCCCACCCCACCCUAGAUAUUAUUUGUAAUACACAAGGAAUGAAUAAAAAUAUAUAUUAUUUAUUUAUUUUUAAGACUGCGUCAAAACUUGAAUUUCACUUGUUGUGGCAUUACAUAUACUAGACCAGGGGUAGGCAACCUACGGCACUAGUGCCAUGCACGGCACUCGAGGUGUCUUUGCACGGCACUUAGGGCUGCUAGAGCCAAACAGGCUCUGGCCUAUCCCAGGUAAACUUCAGAUAUCUGCUAAUGCAAAAAGGUGGUGAAGGGAAAUCCUUAAUUUAUGCAUUGCAGCGCGUAGAGGAAGUUAUCUCAGAUCACUUCAUUCCAGCACUUGUGAAUGGGAAUCCACACUGGAGUAGAGCAGCCAGCAACUGCUGUUGCAGCUCCUGUCCUUGAGCUGUACCUGGCCGUCCUGGUCACCACUGGAACCCAGGGAAGCCACCCACACUGCUAGAUAUACACAGAAAUGCACAAUAACCGUCCCCUCACACAAAUAAUAUGAACAGCCCACACACAAACACAGCACACAAUCCGCACAAACUUAACACCACUGACAUUCCACAUACAUGCACACAACCCCACAUGCAAUACCACAAACUACUCAUAAACAUAUACAAUAUAAUAGCUCAUAUACGCACAAAUACGAUACAAAGCAACUACAGUAUAUGUAACAAGCAGAAUACAGCAACAUACACACCUCAAUUUAAAAAAAAUAGGAUCGGCACGCUACAGGACAUCACAAUCCUAUUUCGGCAGUGCUGCUAAAAGGUUGCCUACCCCUGUACUAGACCAUCUUUCUUUUAUUUGCUGUAAAAACAUUGUUAGAUUUUCUGUAUUCAGAGGCAUGCAUAUAUCUAACCAGCUUAUGUUUAUUCUAAAAUCUCUCGAUUCUUUUCACAGAGGAGUUGGCUACCUACCUCCGCUAUGUUCGCCGUCUGGAUUUUUUUGAGAAGCCAGAUUACGAGUACCUGCGACGACUUUUCACUGACCUGCUGGAUCGACGUGGGCUCAUCUUUGACUACGAAUAUGAUUGGGUGGGAAAAACACUGGUGAGCAUGCUAGGGAAUUAUAGGCAUCCCUAAGUAAAUCUCUGGCUCUGAGAUUAUUGUUAGGUGUGCAGAUCCCGAGGGGGAAAAAAAAUGCUAAAAUACUUCUCUAAUUUGUCUUUAUUUCUAGCCCACUCCAAUUGGUUCAAUAUCAGGUGAAGCCACCUCUCAAAUGCAGAAUAAGACUCAGUUGCACCUCAAACACCAGGUAAAGCAAAGGUCGGGGGUUACUGGUUUGAUGUUAAGGUGGGAGGGAACCAGAGGGUGCUCACAUUUAAUAACUACCAUAUUCUUUGUGCGCUAGGGUUUAAAUUCUACGAAUGGUGAUCUCAAUAUAGAUGACCCAACAGCCGGACAUUCCAACGCUCCCAUCACCGCGCACACAGGGGUGGAGGUAGCAGAUGAUACCAAGUGAGUAUAAAUCUGUCCUUAGGGCAAAAUCUUUUUUUCAACCCCCAAUAUCUGUAUGGUAAACAGGUAUAUGGAACAGAAAUAUUAAAGGCACCUGCCUAUAUGCAGAGGUCUGAUCACUAAGCAGUUGUUGGGAACAUUUACAACCAACACGCAAAACUUUAAAAAAUAAAAAAGUUGCAGCACAUGCAGAUGUUAUAAAGAAUCUCAGAGAAAAUGAAAUUAAAUAUUAUUAGGCUUGCCCCUUUUUGUGCUAUCAUUAACCUUCAAUUAUGUCCAAACAUACAAGCUGAAAAGUGAAAUCUAUUUAUACUCAAAGUAUGUUAUGACAUAAAUCAUCUUUCCUGCCCCUGUGGCUGUUUUUUUAUUUUUUUUGUGAUAAACAUCUAUUUUUUUUUCUCAUACAUGUAAAAAGCUUGCAGUAGCACAUUUAAGGAGUACAGCUUUUUGUAGAAUGUUUCUAAAGAGAUUAGACGGUGAAGGGAUGUUGACCAAAUUAGCCAAGUUAGAAGAAUUCUCCAACACCACCAUUUUCCCUAUUUUGGUUGAAAUUUUAACCACUUUUUACUGUUUGGUGAGUAAACAUUUAAGUGUUGCUGGUCUGCGUUUAGUUUUAGUGACCUGUCCUGCAUACCGUAUAUGUUGCUUACAUAUUUCCAAACAUCAUAUAUUUUUGUUUUAUUUGCUUCUGCACUGCUUACAAUACAUGAAACUUUUUUCAUUUCCCCCUCACUUUUCAGAUGUUGUUGUUUCUUCAAAAGGCGGAAGAGGAAAAACAUUCAGCAAAAAUGACUUAAGUUUUCUGGACCUUCAAAUACUUCUUAUAGAGCAGCUGUACUUUAUUUUUGGAUUACAGAGACUUCUACCCAGGAAUACUCCACAUCACUUCUACUGUCAAAACAGAAAUGUUGCAAAUCUAACGGGUUGAGACAUUUUGAUUCCUUUUUUCUCUAUCCCACGUAAUUGCUAUUCUUAUUUUCUUGAAUCGUUGGGAUUCUGGAGUGGACAGGAAAACCAGGAUCCUGCUGAAGAAUAUAACAAACUAAAUCAUAUUCUGGGAGGAUUGUCCAGUUUAUCAGCAUCAUGUUUUUUUGUUUUCUGUAAAUGUAUUGGGGGUGUAAAUGGUUAGCACUCCAGUUUAUAACAACCUUACUACUCUUUAAAAAGAAACUGGAGUUGAGUUAUCGCAUAACAAUGAAGAUAGAUGGGAUGGCUGAGGCACAUUGAGGUUUUUUUUGUCCCAAUUUCCUUGAAUAUAGGACACAUAGAUGACAAAAUUCAAAGUUGCAUUUAUAUUUUUCUCACCUUGUUUCAUUGAACGCUCUGGGCACCAUAACAGCUUCAUCAAAAUGACAUUGUUAUAUUGCCAGUUGGUCCCUGGAGCUUCCUUACCCAUAUGUACAUUUUUUAUGAAUGGGGAGCUACAGAUUGGCAUGGAGUGUCAGCUAAACGCUCUUAACCAACUAGCGGCGUCCCUGCCCAGCUGUAUUGCAGAAUGAGGAUGUGGACAGUGAGGAACAGAGCUCGAGAGCAAACUUUGGAGUUAACCCCUAUGUGUAAGGAAUUACCAGGGACCUCCUGGCACCAUAACAACUUAAUUUCAAUGAAAUUGCUAUAGUGCUUGGAGUGUUCCUUUAAGAUCUAAAUGUGGCAUUGUCCUCUUAGUCCCUAUUACAGCCCAGCAGUAUUUUUUAGCAUACACCGUAUGGGCAUACAGAUCCACUUAGCACUGUUUUCACACAUCUUUGUAAUCGUGUAUUACAAUGCAGGGGGGGAGUCAAUAAAAUGUAUGAAUGUUGCAGGGAGAGGCAAAGCUGAUAGAGGUAAUAUCUUAUAUUGCAUCCCAUCCACUUACUUAUGUCAGUCUGUCGUGUGUACAUAAAAAAAAUCUUCACUUGCAUUGCAUUAACAUAUUGCAUAUUGAUAUGAGUUUCCUUGUAUGUGUCUUCAUUAACUUCGGCAAAGUGAAAAAAAACUUGCAGUGAAGCUUUGAUAUGUUGAUCAGUGGGCUGACUUUUUUUUUUUUAAGCAUUUUCUGUGUGCAUGUAUGCAUAUAUGUGUGUUUGAUUAUACAUAUAAAUCGUUUUAUUUUUAUAUUCAUACAUAUACUCGGUGACCAUUUGGUUUGGUGAACCUGCCUAAUAUUGGGUAAGAGACUCCUUGUUGCCACCAGUCACACAAAAAAAAAAAAAAAAAGUCUAAAUCUCUCCAAACAUAGGACUUGGUUUUAUAAUCUUUCCCGGUGAUUCAAUGCUAAAAAGAUCAACUUUCCAAGUGAUUUACCAAUGAAAUAACACUCCAGGCACUAGAACUUGGAAUUACGUUGCUAUGGUAUUAGGAAAUCCCUGGUGCCAGUUUACUGUUCAAGCUCUGUGGGGGGGGAAGAAGGGAGGGCUUACUGGUUGGUUUAUAUUGUCAGCUGACACUCAGUCAAUCAACAGCACACCUGGCUGAGGCCUCCUCUUUUAAGAUUCUCAACAGUGUGCCUUAUCCAUUUGAGAUCUGGGGUUUGUGCCAGCAAUGGCCAUUAGCUUGAAUCUCAAAGAUGUUCUUUGAGGCAGCUUGGUAAAAUGUGAGUGCUUUUGUAAUUUGGUGCAGUUAUUCUGCUGGAUAAGAAUACCAGGGGUGCCCAAAAGGUAGAUCCCCAAAUGUUGUAGAACGACAACUCCCAUGAUGCUUUGCAUGCCUUUAGAAUGACAAAGUGCCAUGAAGCUGUAGUUUUAAAACAUCUGGGGAUCUACCUUUUUGGCACCCCUGAAGUCCACACAUUGGGAAUGGAUUGUAGCUACAAAAAAAAAGAUGCUGCAAAGCUUAUUAUAUCCUGUGGAAUGCAAAUGAUGCUCAUACAAUAUUAAGGUGAACAAAUGUGUGUGUUUGUUUUUUUAUCAUACUUAGAUCACAUUACAAGCCUGUACAGUUGACACAAGAUAUGAUGGAUCCAUGCAGUUUAUUACAAAUUUUGUGGCUGGAGUAGUGGCAGUUGUCCGAUAAUUGUAGGCUACCUGUUACAGUUGACAGAUACAUAGACGACGAUCUGCUGAUGAUGUUCUACAAUGUGUAAAGUGGUUAUUUUAAUAUUGAUGGCCUUUCUGUCCACUUGGACUGUCUCAGUAAAGGGUUAUUCGUUGGCUGAAAGUGGCAGCUGACCGUUCGCAGCCAAUGAAUGCAAAUCUGUAAAAAAAAAAAAAAAAAAAUGCACAGAAUUGAUAUUGGCAGGCAGGCUGGCUGGCUGGAUGGCUAAUGAUGCCCCAAUGACGCUGCCGGAGGUAGGAUUAAAAUUCUGGCACAAAAGAGGUUAAACUCUGUAUGUGUAGUGUUUCAUUGUAGACUUCUGGUACCAUGACCACUUAAGAACACAAGGUGUUCUUACCCUCAGAAAUAAUGAUCAUGUAUUUUCACAAAAGAGAACAGGCAUACUAAAUAAAGUAGUUGCUGAGAUAAAGCGUGGGUUAGUAUAAUUAUAAAUGUUUUAUUCUACAUGGUUAAUUAACUAUGUCUGUUUAUACACACACACAAUUCUCUCACUCUUAAAAUGAAUUUAAAACAAAUAAAUAUAACAAACCAUAAACAGUAUUACCCAUUGUCACAAUGUUUCCAUAUUGGCAUUCUUGUAGCAAGACUAUCAUCCAUAUAGUUAGAAAGUAACAUAUAUUGAUGGAAUGAUGCAAUUGUGCAACUUCUGAACCAAAACAAAAUCUAGAAUGUGUGCUGUGUGUUUGUUCCACCGUAAUUUAAGGGAUUAUCUUUAACCAAUUACCCAUUACAGCGUAACAUGCCACCCUAAAAAAGGUGGGUGUACCAUGCAGUGAAUCACUGGUGUUGGUAAAUGUAAUCUGCCAGGGCUCUCCUGGCAGGUUACACUUACCAACACCGGCGAUCCCUGUUGGGGGAAACUGCCUGACAUCCCAAGCAGUCGCCCUGCAUCCAAUUGGGCAGGCUAGCCAGUCCCUGGGUUGUCAGACAGUCCCUCCAAGUGAAAAUAAUGGGGGAAAUAGUAAAAAAAAAAAUUUUUUAAAAUAGCACUAUACAUAUAUAUAAAAAUCCAAAUAGGUUAUGGUGGGGAAAAAUUGUGAUUGAAAACCCCUUCCACCUGAAGUCUGUGGAUAGUUAAUACAUUGUUAACCCCUGUUAAACAAAAAUCUGCACACCAGUCAAGCCAUAAGACUUGCUUUUCCCACAGAAAUCACAAAUCUGCAGUGAUAUUACAACCGCAAAGGAUUCUGGGUGGGCAUAUGCAAAUUAGUUUAAGAAUCACAUUUUUGCCUCAUUCCAUUUUAACCCCUUAAGGACAGAGCUUCAGAAGCUCAACAGCAUUUGUUUCAUUUUUUGCGGUUUGCGUUCAACUGCAAUUUGCAUUUUACUAAUUUAUUGCACCGACACACAUUAUAUAUCGUUUUUUAAAGGACAGAAAGGGCUUUAAUUUGAUGUAACACACACAUAUAUAUAUAUAUAAAUGCUUAUUUAUUAUAAAAAAAAUACAAAAAAAUGGAAAAAAAAUUUUAUUUAUUUUUUUACUGUUUUUUGCAUUCAUAAUGUGUGCAUAAUUAGUGCAGGUUAAGGAAAUUAAUAAAAAAUAAAUUCAUUUAGUUCUGAUUUACAGAAUAUAUAAUGUGUCUGGGAUUUUCAGGUUUUUUUGGUAGUUACAGGUCACAAAGCACAAGGAGUAAAAUAAACUUUUAAUGUGGAGCGAUUUUAGAAUUUGGUAUGUAAUUCUUGUAAGCUUAAUAGCCAUAAAAGAAAACAAAAUUGCCACACAAAAGUAUAUAUUUAUAUAAAGUAGACAUCACAUGCUAUUUACCUAGGGUUGUUUUGACACUUAAUACGUAGCCAUUUCACCGCCAACCUCUGCUAAAUAUUGGAGUAAAAUUGUGUUUUUUUUGGUUUUUGGCACACAAACUUAUAACAAAGAAAUUCUCAUGUAUAUUUUGUAAAGUUGGUGUGUGCUAUUCCUGUACAAAGUUUUAUUUAGUGUUCAGUUACAUCUGCUGAGUAAAAUGACACCCCAUUGUAUGUCUGGCACUAUUUCGUGAAGUUACAGUGCCAUAUAGGAGGCCUGUUCUUUUCAGUAUUCACAGUAGAAUUUUGAGAGACGGAUUUAAUGAGCCUAUGCUUCCAUUUGGGGUAUUAUAACAGUUUGACUGUUCAAAAAAGCCCACAAAGGCCUACCAUUUGUAAAAGUAGACACUCCAGGGUAUCUCAUAAGGUGCAUAUUGUGCCUUAACAUGCCCCCAAUUUUUCACCAAUAUAUGCUAAAGUAUGUGUUAAAAAAUAAUUUUGUGUGUUUUUUUACACAUGGAUUGCAUUUUUGCUGGGCAUUUUGUAUAUUUCACAUGUGCCACUAAGUUCAAACCCCCCAAAUUAUGCUCGGCUAAGCCUUCUGAGUAAAAAGACACCCCAAUGAAUGUCUUUGGCACUAUUUUGUGAAGCUACAGUGCCAUAUAGGAGACCAAGCCAUAUCAGAUUUUACCGAACUUUGAAUUUUGACGCUGGGCCUAUGUGCAAUUUCCAAGCAUCUUAGCAGGGUUUAAAUUCAAACUACCCCACAAAGGCCUACCAUUUCUUAAAGUAGACACUCAGCAAUAUCCCCAUAUGUACCUUUGCCAGGUAUAUGUGGACAUCGGAGGGGCACAUUUGGGACACAGCCAUUCCAGUUUUUUUUCAAACUUUACACUUUUACGCUGUGCCCAUGUCCUAUUAUAGAGUAUUUUACCAGACUAUAUAAUCCAAAUACCCCAUAAAGCCAUACCAUUUCUUAAAGAAGACAUCCCAAGGUAUUUCAAAAGGCAUAUUUUGAACCUUAGCGUGGGAUCAUUUUUCCGCUAGCUUGUACCAAGUGUAGUGGUAAUAAGUGUUUUUUCUGCCUUUUUGACACACAAAGUGAGUUUGCACAGUAUACUUUGUAAACCUUAUGUGUGCUACGACUGUAUAAUACUUCAUAUGCUGCUCAGCUAUGUCAUCUGAGUACAGCAAUACCCCCGUAUGUACCUUUGCCAGGGUGGAUGUGGAUGUUGAAGGGGGCAUUUGAGACGCAGUCAUUCAGGUUUUUUCUAACUUUGAAGUUUUACCAUGUUCCAAUUUGGAGUAGUUUAGACGGUUGGUUAUUGAAACUUCCCCACAAACACAAACUAUUUAUUAAAGAAUACACCCUGGGGUAAUUCAAAAGGCAUAUUUUUUUUUUUUUUUUAAAUUCUUUAUUUUUCUUGUGCAUAAGAAAACAUAACAGAUGGGCCUGUAGCGCCACGACAGCUAGUACAGGCAUUUCAAUAGCAAACAGUGUCAUAGCAGAGUAAUACAGCACAUUUUUAUAUUUAUGAAAGUAAACAGGCUAGGAAUACUUGAGCAGGACUAUAAUAGCGUAAUUAGUCUACGUAUGCAAGCUUGGAUAUUAGUAAUGGGAUUAGUUAAGUUUUACCGUAGUUUUCCUUAUACAAAAUGUCAUGUGUACAGUAGUAAUUACAGGUUGAAUAGUUAACCAUAAAACAUGCGUGGUAUAGGUACAGGUGCAUGAGGCCUAACGUUGCUGAGAUUGCUGAGUAACUAGCUGAGAAGCCAGACUGUCUCAUUGGGUUGUGCCUAUGCGACAGUUCAAUAGUUGCCCUCUAAAUAUACUUAGUUAAAGAUUUACGCCUAAUAUGAUUGGUCGUGGUAUUUAAGCAGGUCUCUUAUGAGAAUAGGUGCAAGAUUAUGUGUGAACAUGCUAUGUGUCAUAUGUUAGGCAGUGGUCUAAUGUACAGGUAGACCUGGAGCACAGAGGUAGCACAAAAUAAUUAAGGCAUAAACAAAUCAGAAAUAAACCAUGGACAGAAACAUUCGGAUGCCUUUGAUUGCAUUCACGUGAGGAAGUACUGUGAGGCUGGCAUUAGUGAGUGCGAGUCCCAUCCGUGACGGUUGCCGCUUGUGAUCAGGACUCCAAUGAUGGUGCGGCUGCAAGAAGCUUGUCAGCGCUUAGCCAAUGCCCGAAGUAGGAAAUCGAAAGUCUUGCACUUCGGGGGCUAGGGAGGCUGCAGCAUUCAGGCGGUUUAGUUGAGCAUCCCUCCCGCCCCAGGCCGGUUGGUAGGCCAGCAUCCUCUUGCCACGGACGUGUGGGCUCCUAGGGUCCCAGUCCUCCCCUGCAUAGGGUAGACGGGAGGUCGUGAUGGUAUUCCGCUGCCGGUUGCGGGCGAUCUUCCGUCUGCGUGGGUGAUGCCGUGGGGCUGUGCCCGUUUCGGCCCUCGGCCUAAGUGAUCUCUGACUAAUAGGCUUAUGUAUGUUUAAUGUGUAGGGGAUCAGAGGGGGCCAAAUCACCGCCCUACCGUGAACCUCCCUGUGUUGAAUUGCUGCUGCGGCUUGGUGGGCUUCCAGCUUAGCCCAGAAACAGUCGAAAAUGUCAUCCAGCUUCUUCUGCGUUAUUUGCGCGGGAGUUAGCAGUGCCGUCUCAGACUGCGUGAUGGCUGGUUCCCGCUGGAUAUUACAGGCCGCCAUUUUGUGAGCUUUGCUAGGUUGUAUUUUAGUGGGGCUGUUCCGUGCGUGAGGCUAGCCAGGUCGGAGCGGGAUGACCCCCGCCGGUCCAAAGGGGGGGGAAACAGGGCUGAGAGAAGAGCUUGGGGUUGCACAGCUGCACACCGAGCAGGGGAUCGGCCGCUUCCCCCGUCCGACGGCCGUACUAGGCGUCACUCCUCCGACCUCCGUCAGCCGUGUAGUGUACCCGCGGGCGACAGACCCGGGGUUCCUCUGCUGGCUCCAGAGGUAGGUAAGUCUCUUUUUGUGGCGUUAUGGCUGGCUGGCUGGCUAGAUUCAGGCUUAGUUGAGGCAUUGAGCUCGGAGCUCACACGGAGUGCGUCCAGCCGCCAUGAUGUCCAGGCCCCGCCCCCCAAAAGGCAUAUUUUGAACCUUAGCGUGGGAUCAUUUUUUCUCUAGUUUGUUCCAGGUGUAGUGGUAAUGAGCGUUUUUACAUUUAUUUUUUUACUUUUUGAAACUUUUUUUACUUUUAAAAACUAGUUUUUAAACUUGUUUUGCUUAUUAAUUUUUUUUAAACUUUCCUAAACUUUAUUAAAACUUUUUUUACAAAUGUAAAAUUUUUCUAAGCUUUUUUUUUUUGUUUUGUUUUGCUAGCAAAAUAUAUAAUUAUAAAAUAUUUAAAUUAUUUAAAUACAUUGAACCCCUGAGGGUUAAAAAGUAAAUAAAAGUUAAUCCUCAGGGGUUAAAAAAAAUUAGAUCACAGUAUAAUACUGUGAUCUUUAUUUUGAUCACUGUAGCAGUGAUCGACUGGCAGGGAAGGGGUUAAUUUUUAUUUGGACUCUGUAAAGGGAGGUGUUUUAUUUUAUUUUUUACUUAAACGUUAUUAAAACUUUUUUUUUAGUUUAAUUUUUAACUUUUUAAAGUUUAUUUUAAAACUUUUUUUAACGUUAACCCCUACUUAGCCUAACACCAAAUCCCCCAAUUCCCCACUAACUUCCACCCACCCCAGCUAGCUACACAUAUAAUUUUAAAAUAUUUAAAUUAAUUAAAUAAAGUUAACCCCUGAGGGUUAAAAAAAAGAAUUAACCCUCAGGGGUUAAAAAAAUCAGAUGACAGUAAAAUGUAAUCCCUGCCAAUUGAUCACUGUAGUCAGUGAUCAAUUGGCAGGGAAGGGGCUAAUUUUUAAUUAAAAUGAGUAAAGGGGGGUGGGAUUUUAAAUAAACUUUUUUUUUUGUUUUGUUUUUUUAACAGGGGGCAGGAUCAGCAAUGUUCCAGGUCCCUCCACUUCACACAGAACCAGGAAGUGCAGGGAGGCGGAAGGUGAGUAUAUGCAGCACAUGUGCUCCCUCUGACAUGCUGUCAGAGCGAGCACAUGUGCUGGGGCAGCACUAUCGGGUGCUCCCGGUCUGCCUCUAAUACAGAGAGGUUUUUAUUGUUAAUCUCUAUAUUGAUGGAAUGAAUCUGCAAAUGUGCUGUGAUGCCAUUGCUUACUGCGAUUCAGCCAAGUGCAUUAUGGGAGCACAGUAAGUUUCUGCGCUACCCACUUCAUUUUACAUUUAUUCUUUGUAUCCGUACUAAGAACCUGACCAAAAUUCUAGAUCCUUCUUUGUUUCUGCAGGCAGUAUUAAAACACCGGAAGAUUUACAGAGUGCAAGGGAAAUGGCACAGCCUACUUCAACAGUUUUUAGAAAAGAAAAAGAAUUCAGAAAAGGCUCAGUUUUCCCGUACUUUUUAAAUUAUAUAAUAGCAAAACUAUACAAGUGCUAAAAUAUUACUAGCACAGUAAACACAAUAUUAUAUUGCCUCUCCGGAAUAUUGUCACUUCACAUAUUUUUGUUUUGUCGAUCGUUCCAUUGUAUGGCUUAAAAGACAGAUUUCAGUGUAACCUGUUAUUUUAUUAUUAUUAUUAUUAUUGCCAUUUAUAUAGCGCCAACAUAUUUUGUAGCGCUUACAAUAUUUUGAGAGGGGGAUUUACCUAUAAAUAGGACAAUUACAAAAAACUUACGGGAACAAUAGGUUGAAGAGGACCCUGCUCAAUCGAGCUUACAUAAAACACAUUAGGACAGGAAUUUGCAGUCAAACAAGGUGGGCUGUAGGAGAGAGCAAGAGACUUUAGGAGAGAGCAAGAGACAGGUAUGUGAGGUAGAGGUUACUCUGGGAGGCCAUAAGCUUUCCUAAAGAGAUGGGUUUUAAGGCACUUCUUAAAAGAUGCAAGACUAGGGGAGAGUCUGAUGGCAGUAGGCAGGCUAUUCCAUAGGAAGGGAGCCGCCCGUGAGAAGUCCUGCAAGCGUGAGUUGGCCGUACGGGUGCGGACAAUGGACAGGAGGUGGUUAUGGGCAGAACGGAGAGACAGAGAAGGGACAUACCUAUGGAUCUGUGAAGAGAUAUAAGAGGGGCUAGAGUUGUUCAGUGCUUUAUAGGUGUGAAUUAGUACCUUGAAUUGACUCCUAUAGCAUACAGGAAGCCAAUCUAAGGGCUGGCAGAGGGGUGAGGUGUGAGAGAACCGACUAGAGAGGAAUAUCAGUCUGGCAGCAGCGUUCAUUAUGGACUGUAGCUGUGCAGUACGGCUUUUGGGAAGACCAAUCAGGAGAGGGUUACAAUAAUCCACGUGGGAAAUUACUAGAGCAUGGACAAGCUCCUUGGUAGCAUCUUGCGUAAGAAAGGGGCGGAUGCGAGCUAUGUUUUUAAGAUGGAAUCUACAGGACUUGGCAACAUGCUGGAUGUGAGGCCAGAAUAAAGUAUGACGCCAAGACAGCGCGCUUGCAAGGAUGGACUGAUGUGGGUACCACAAACCUGAAGGGAGAGCGAAAGAGGAGGAUCAGUAUUAGGAGGAGGAAAGACAAGGAGCUCAGUUUAAGAGAAAUUGAGUUUCAGGAAGCAGGAGGACAUCUAGUCAGAGAUGGAAGAAAGACAAGCAGUGACACGUUGCAGGAUGGCAGGGUAGAGGUCCGGGGAGGAGAGAUAUAACUGGGUGCCAUCAAUGUACAGGUGGUAGUGGAAUCCAAAAGAGGUAAUAAGUUUGCUAAGAGAGGCAGUAUUUGUUAUCUUUAUUUUCCUAUUUUCAGAGCAAAGCCGGAGGGAUGAUCUAGAAGCAUUGGGCCACAUGUUCAUGUAUUUUCUUCGUGGAAGUCUGCCAUGGCAAGGUCUUAAGGUAAAGAAACUUUGUAUCAGAACUUUCCUUUCUUCAACCUCAUGUCAUGUUACAAAAACAGAUCAUUUAGAACUUUGCUUUAACAUUUAAGUGGGUUCUGUUGUACGAGGAUCAAGAUGUAAACACCAUAGAAAAUCAACAAUUCCAAAAAAAUAGGAUGUCACGGUUAUUGGCAAAUUGGUCUUUUACUGGUGGUAGUAACUCAAAAUAUAGGAAAUAACAAGGAAGUAGAGUAGAAAGCACAAGUCCAAACGAAAGAGAUGAAAUAUGUCCUUAAAACAACUAAUGCAACAACUAAGCAAUAAAACGAGGUAUAUUAAAGUAAUGAUAAAAUCAUAACUUAGAAUUAUCUACUAACAAAGGUAUAAGGAAGAAUGGGUUUCCUAGGUUUUGUGAUGGGAUGGUUAAUCCACACCUUCUCCCUUCACUUGAGUUGUUGCAUUCUCCAAGGUUACUACUUGUGUUUAGAUUACCAUUUUGGUUUAUGUAUUCAUUUAUUCUUUAUUUAUUUUUUUCCCUUUGUUAAUAAGCAUAUUUCCUUUAGGCUAUUUUGUCAUGAAGAGAGUAUUAAUAAUUUUUCUAUCAGUCAAACUUCUUAACUUUUUCUACAACCAACUGUAUAUGCAAAUAUUGACUUUAUCUCCGCCUGACUUUUAGCUUCCUGUUUCAGGAUGUGGAAUAUGGUAUAGCAAACCUUCUCUCCGUGGCACAGUUAUUGUAAACAUUCAAGCAGUAAAACACAGGAUAUGCAUUUAGGAAAAACAUCUUACAUUCAGUUAUCGGUUAGGUUCAGUUCAGUGUGAAUGGAGAGACGUUUGCCAAUACUAUUGAUGAGGAAUUUUUUUUGUGUGGGAUUUAUUCACUAAAUAUCAAGUGUAGUCUGCAUGUAUAUCUCUAAAUAGUAAAAUACCUGAACACAAUUUCCAUGUGUGCUCUUCAACUAGAAAUCCAACUCUCUUCAUAGAAAAGAUGGCAACGCCUAAUCGAUUUUAUUGUUUUUUUCUAUCCCUUAGGCUGACACGUUGAAAGAAAGGUAUCAGAAAAUAGGUGACACAAAAAGAUCCACUCCUGUGGAGGUCCUUUGUGAUAAUUUUCCAGGUUGGAAUCUUUAUACCUAGAUAUUAUUUGUUUUAAAUCUGUUUUUAUUGAGGUCAACACAAUAAGCAGCUUUCCCACGCAGGGGAUAAAGCGUAAACAAUGCAUUUGUUAUGGAAAAACAUGAGUAGUUAUGUGUACAAGUUUAUCAUAGCAUGUUAUAGCCCUAUAAUGUGGUACACUUGAAAUAUGUUUUUUUUUUUUUUUCCCUGCAUCGGCUGAGUUCAAGAGGGGGCCUCAUAUGUCACUAUGCGGUCAAAUUGUGUCUAACUAAGCAUGUGGUAAAGCUUUCAGUAUAUGUAACCCUAUAUGUAAUUAAGUACACUUUGCCUUUCUAUAAUAAGUUUAAUAUGGGUCAGAAGAUAGAUAACUAACUACAGCAUCGUACCAGAUAGCCUUUGGGUACUAUAGGGCACCGAUGUCGUAUGUGCUUGCUAAAGCCACUUGUGACAUCCUAUAGACAAUUCCAAUAUAAGUUGUACUACAUGCCAUAUUUGCAUUUCGUUUGCAAGUAAGUUGAUUACUAUGGCUAACAUGCAGCCUAUGUCCGCUGAAGCCAUGUAGCGUGGAGAACAUAUUCUGGUUUGAGUUACGGUACACACAUUUACGUAAUCAACAUAUGCAUUAGGAACUGUAGGUAAUUAUGCAGCGAGUGGAUGAGGGCGACGUGUUACCUUGUGGAUUUAUAACCCGAGUGAUUAGGUACAGAGACUUAUCAUGUGAUGUGUUCAAAUAGCGUUUAGUCUAUUGUGACUCUAACUUGGAUAUUAGGAAUGCCUCUAAUAUAAGCAUUAAUAGUUAACGAACCUGUAAAGAAAUGUAGUGUUGCUAUAAGAAGGCAUUUGGAAGUGUUGUUUAACUAAACUAUCUAAGAGAAUUUAAAAAAAAAAAAAAAGGAGGAUUUUCAGAAUGCUUGCUGUCAUUCUGAGAAAGGUUAUGUAUGCAAUGAUUUACGCCCCUAGACUGUAGCUCGUAGGUACUGCAGCAUAAACAGCGUUUCCACGCCUAUUACAAUAUGUUAAGUAAGCAUCAUAAGGCUGUGAUAGGUCAUAGCCGUUUGUCUCUUAACUGCGUCUAAUGAAUUAUGGCAUAGGCCUGCAACAAAAAUGAAUGCAAAAGAAAUGAAAAUCAAUUGUAAGAACUAUAACAUGAGAGGCUAGUAGUAAUAUGCAAUGUAAGUGAAGGAAUGAAUAAACAGGCGAUUGCAAUUUCAAUGGAGAUAUUCAUCACAUAGCGUGCAAUCUGAUGUAGACAGUGGUUAGUUAUGCAAUGCAGGUAAUUGAAGGCAAACAAGGUUUUUAUAACCUAAACCUAGGUUGCAGAUGUGUCAUAGUGCAUUUGCUGCCAACAGUGAUGGGAAAAAGUGAGUCACUUUGUGGGGAGUAGGAACAUGCUGCGCUGUGUCGUUGCACAUAAUAGGUUUAGGAGAGCGGUGUCGAUUGCACCGUAAGUAAGCUACCUCCGUGGUUGCCCCCAUAGGGCUCCAAGCAUGCAUGUCCUCCAUCGGUCAUCCCUGGGGCUGACCCAUCCCACCGGUUUAGUGUUCUGUGGUGCCGUGGGCACUUAAAGUCCAAAUCUGUCCCCCGGACCUUCCACACCAAGAGUCCAGGUUCUGACCGUCUCCUGCACCUCCCCAGCACCACUUCAGCCUCUGUGAAGCACUUGGACCCUCAUGUCUCACCUGGCGCCGGCCACAUACUUAGGACUGGGGCACCUUCCUCACGGCCACCGGUACACCGGAAAGGUCUGUGCGUUCCCGUCCCACAGGACUCACUGCGGCAGGGACAAUCUCACCUGGGCCACCCCUGAAACCCAAGGGCAGAGACUGGUACUUCUCCAGGGGGCAGGCCACCCAGGGUAUCCCUCUGCAGGGCAGCAGCUGUUGGGGCCAUCGAAGCAAUGCGGGGAAGCCGCUCUAUGAAGGUGAGUCUCCCCUUACAUGCUUGCAUUGCAAUGAAUUUUUGUAGCAGUUCCUUUUACUGGGUGGGAGGCCGCUGGCACUCCCGACCCCUUCUGAUCCCCUUGGGUGUCGUCGAAGCAGGGACUCAUGGGCCAGGACAACCCCCACUGGCCCGGCACGAUGCAGGAGCUAGCGAAGAUGGCUGCCGCUCCGCUCGGCGGCCCGGCCCCGCCCCCCCAGAUAUUAUUUGUAAUACACAAGGAAUGAAUAAAAAUAUAUAUAAUUUAUUUAUUUUUAAGACUGCGUCAAAACUUGAAUUUCACUUGUUGUGGCAUUACAUAUACUAGACCAGGGGUAGGCAACCUACGGCACUAGUGCCAUGCAUGGCACUCGAGGUGUCUUUGCACAGCACUUAGGGCUGCUAGAGCCAAACAGGCUCUGGCCUAUCCCAGGUAAACUUCAGAUAUCUGCUAAUGCAAAAAGGUGGUGAAGGGAAAUCCUUAAUUCAUGCAUUGCAGCGCAUAGAGGAAGUUAUCUCAGAUCACUUCAUUCCAGCACUUGUGAAUGGGAAUCCACACUGGAGUAGAGCAGCCAGCAACUGCUGUUGCAGCUCCUGUCCUUGAGCUGUACCUGGCCGUCCUGGUCCCCACUGGAACCCAGGGAAGCCACCUACACUGCAGAAUAACCCUCCCCUCACACAAAUAAUACGAACAGCCCACACACAAACACAACACACAAUCCGCACAAACUUAACACCACUGACAUUCCACAUACAUGCACACAACCCCACAUGCAGCCUCUCACAUGCAAUACCACAAACUACUCAUAAACAUAUACAAUAUAAUAGCUCAUAUACGCACAAAUACGAUACAAAGCAACUACAGGAUAUGUAACAAGCAGAAUACAGCAACAUACACACCUCAAUUUAAAAAAAAAUAGGACCGGCACGCUACAGGACAUCACAAUCCUAUUUCGGCAGUGCUGCUAAAAGGUUGCCUACCCCUGUACUAGACCAUCUUUCUUUUAUUUGCUGUAAAAACAUUAUUAGAUUUUCUGUAUUCAGAGGCAUGCAUAUAUCUAACCAGCUUAUGUUUAUUCUAAAAUCUCUCGAUUCUUUUCACAGAGGAGUUGGCUACCUACCUCCGCUAUGUUCGCCGUCUGGAUUUUUUUGAGAAGCCAGAUUACGAGUACCUGCGACGACUUUUCACUGACCUGCUGGAUCGACGUGGGCUCAUCUUUGACUACGAAUAUGAUUGGGUGGGAAAAACACUGGUGAGCAUGCUAGGGAAUUAUAGGCAUCCCUAAGUAAAUCUCUGGCUCUGAGAUUAUUGUUAGGUGUGCAGAUCCCGAGGGGAAAAAAAAAUGCUAAAAUACUUCUCUAAUUUGUCUUUAUUUCCAGCCCACUCCAAUUGGUUCAAUAUCAGGUGAAGCCACCUCUCAAAUGCAGAAUAAGACUCAGUUGCACCUCAAACACCAGGUAAAGCAAAGGUCGGGGGUUACUGGUUUGAUGUUAAGGUGGGAGGGAACCAGAGGGUGCUCACAUUUAAUAACUACCAUAUUCUCUGUGCGCUAGGGUUUAAAUUCUACGAAUGGUGAUCUCAAUAUAGAUGACCCAACAGCCGGACAUUCCAACGCUCCCAUCACCGCGCACACAGGGGUGGAGGUAGCAGAUGAUACCAAGUGAGUAUAAAUCUGUCCUUAGGGCAAAAUCUUUUUUUAACCCCCAAUAUCUGUGUGGUAAACAGGUAUAUGGAACAGAAAUAUUAAAGGCACCUGCCUAUAUGCAGAGGUCUGAUCACUAAGCAGUUGUUGGGAACAUUUACAACCAACACGCAAAACUUUAAAAAAUAAAAAAGAUGCGGCACAUACAGAUGUUAUAAAGAAUCUCAGAGAAAAUGAAAUUAAAUAUUAUUAGGCUUGCCCCUUUUUGUGCUAUCGUUAACCUUCAAUUAUGUCCAAACAUACAAGCUGAAAAGUGAAAUCUAUUUAUACUCAAAGUAUGUUAUGACAUAAAUCAUCUUUCCUGCCCCUGUGGCUGUUUUUUUAUUUUUUUUGUGAUAAACAUCUAUUUUUUUUUCUCAUACAUGUAAAAAGCUUGCAGUAGCACAUUUAAGGAGUACAGCUUUUUGUAGAAUGUUUCUAAAGAGAUUAGACGGUGAAGGGAUGUUGACCAAAUUAGCCAAGUUAGAAGAAUUCUCCAACACCACCAUUUUCCCUAUUUUGGUUGAAAUUUUAACCACUUUUUACUGUUUGGUGAGUAAACAUUUAAGUGUUGCUGGUCUGCGUUUAGUUUUAGUGACCUGUCCUGCAUACCGUAUAUGUUGCUUACAUAUUUCCAAACAUCAUAUAUUUUUGUUUUAUUUGCUUCUGCACUGCUUACAAUACAUGAAACUUUUUUCAUUUCCCCCUCACUUUUCAGAUGUUGUUGUUUCUUCAAAAGGCGGAAGAGGAAAAACAUUCAGCAAAAAUGACUUAAGUUUUCUGGACCUUCAAAUACUUCUUAUAGAGCAGCUGUACUUUAUUUUUGGAUUACAGAGACUUCUACCCAGGAAUACUCCACAUCACUUCUACUGUCAAAACAGAAAUGUUGCAAAUCUAACGGGUUGAGACAUUUUGAUUCCUUUUUUCUCUAUCCCACGUAAUUGCUAUUCUUAUUUUCUUGAAUCGUUGGGAUUCUGGAGUGGACAGGAAAACCAGGAUCCUGCUGAAGAAUAUAACAAACUAAAUCAUAUUCUGGGAGGAUUGUCCAGUUUAUCAGCAUCAUGUUUUUUUGUUUUCUGUAAAUGUAUUGGGGGUGUAAAUGGUUAGCACUCCAGUUUAUAACAACCUUACUACUCUUUAAAAAGAAACUGGAGUUGAGUUAUCGCAUAACAAUGAAGAUAGAUGGGAUGGCUGAGGCACAUUGAGGUUUUUUUUGUCUCAAUUUCCUUGAAUAUAGGACACAUAGAUGACAAAAUUCAAAGUUGCAUUUAUAUUUUUCUCACCUUGUUUCAUUGAACGCUCUGGGCACCAUAACAGCUUCAUCAAAAUGACAUUGUUAUAUUGCCAGUUGGUCCCUGGAGCUUCCUUACCCAUAUGUACAUUUUUUAUGAAUGGGGUGCUACAGAUUGGCAUGGAGUGUCAGCUAAACGCUCUUAACCAACUAGCGGCGUCCCUGCCCAGCAGCACCCCAUCCAUGCUUCCUCUAGCUGUAUUGCAGAAUGAGGAUGUGGACAGUGAGGAACAGAGCUCGAGAGCAAACUUUGGAGUUAACCCCUAUGUGUAAGGAAUUACCAGGGACCUCCUGGCACCAUAACAACUUAAUUUCAAUGAAAUUGCUAUAGUGCUUGGAGUGUUCCUUUAAGAUCUAAAUGUGGCAUUGUCCUCUUAGUCCCUAUUACAGCCCAGCAGUAUUUUUUUAGCAUACACUGUAUGGGCAUACAGAUCCACUUAGCACUGUUUUCACACAUCUUUGUAAUCGUGUAUUACAAUGCAGGGGGGGAGUCAAUAAAAUGUAUGAAUGUUGCAGGGAGAGGCAAAGCUGAUAGAGGUAAUAUCUUAUAUUGCAUCCCAUCCACUUACUUAUGUCAGUCUGUCGUGUGUACAUAAAAAAAAUCUUCACUUGCAUUGCAUUAACAUAUUGCAUAUUGAUAUGAGUUUCCUUGUAUGUGUCUUCAUUAACUUCGGCAAAGUGAAAAAAAACUUGCAGUGAAGCUUUGAUAUGUUGAUCAGUGGGCUGACUUUUUUUUUUUUAAGCAUUUUCUGUGUGCAUGUAUGCAUAUAUGUGUGUUUGAUUAUACAUAUAAAUCGUUUUAUUUUUAUAUUCAUACAUAUACUCGGUGACCAUUUGGUUUGGUGAACCUGCCUAAUAUUGGGUAAGAGACUCCUUGUUGCCACCAGUCACACAAAAAAAAAAAAAAAAAGUCUAAAUCUCUCCAAACAUAGGACUUGGUUUUAUAAUCUUUCCCGGUGAUUCAAUGCUAAAAAGAUCAACUUUCCAAGUGAUUUACCAAUGAAAUAACACUCCAGGCACUAGAACUUGGAAUUACGUUGCUAUGGUAUUAGGAAAUCCCUGGUGCCAGUUUACUGUUCAAGCUCUGUGGGGGGGGAAGAAGGGAGGGCUUACUGGUUGGUUUAUAUUGUCAGCUGACACUCAGUCAAUCAACAGCACACCUGGCUGAGGCCUCCUCUUUUAAGAUUCUCAACAGUGUGCCUUAUCCAUUUGAGAUCUGGGGUUUGUGCCAGCAAUGGCCAUUAGCUUGAAUCUCAAAGAUGUUCUUUGAGGCAGCUUGGUAAAAUGUGAGUGCUUUUGUAAUUUGGUGCAGUUAUUCUGCUGGAUAAGAAUACCAGGGGUGCCCAAAAGGUAGAUCCCCAAAUGUUGUAGAACGACAACUCCCAUGAUGCUUUGCAUGCCUUUAGAAUGACAAAGUGCCAUGAAGCUGUAGUUUUAAAACAUCUGGGGAUCUACCUUUUUGGCACCCCUGAAGUCCACACAUUGGGAAUGGAUUGUAGCUAUAAAAAAAAAAGAUGCUGCAAAGCUUAUUAUAUCCUGUGGAAUGCAAAUGAUGCUCAUACAAUAUUAAGGUGAACAAAUGUGUGUGUUUGUUUUUUUAUCAUACUUAGAUCACAUUACAAGCCUGUACAGUUGACACAAGAUAUGAUGGAUCCAUGCAGUUUAUUACAAAUUUUGUGGCUGGAGUAGUGGCAGUUGUCCGAUAAUUGUAGGCUACCUGUUACAGUUGACAGAUACAUAGACGACGAUCUGCUGAUGAUGUUCUACAAUGUGUAAAGUGGUUAUUUUAAUAUUGAUGGCCUUUCUGUCCACUUGGACUGUCUCAGUAAAGGGUUAUUCGUUGGCUGAAAGUGGCAGCUGACCGUUCGCAGCCAAUGAAUGCAAAUCUGUAAAAAAAAAAAAAAAAAUGCACAGAAUUGAUAUUGGCAGGCAGGCUGGCUGGCUGGAUGGCUGGAUGGCUAAUGAUGCCCCAAUGACGCUGCCGGAGGUAGGAUUAAAAUUCUGGCACAAAAGAGGUUAAACUCUGUAUGUGUAGUGUUUCAUUGUAGACUUCUGGUACCAUGACCACUUAAGAACACAAGGUGUUCUUACCCUCAGAAAUAAUGAUCAUGUAUUUUCACAAAAGAGAACAGGCAUACUAAAUAAAGUAGUUGCUGAGAUAAAGCGUGGGUUAGUAUAAUUAUAAAUGUUUUAUUCUACAUGGUUAAUUAACUAUGUCUGUUUAUACACACACACAAUUCUCUCACUCUUAAAAUGAAUUUAAAACAAAUAAAUAUAACAAACCAUAAACAGUAUUACCCAUUGUCACAAUGUUUCCAUAUUGGCAUUCUUGUAGCAAGAUUAUCAUCCAUAUAGUUAGAAAGUAACAUAUAUUGAUGGAAUGAUGCAAUUGUGCAACUUCUGAACCAAAACAAAAUCUAGAAUGUGUGCUGUGUGUUUGUUCCACCGUAAUUUAAGGGAUUAUCUUUAACCAAUUACCCAUUACAGCGUAACAUGCCACCCUAAAAAAGGUGGGUGUACCAUGCAG